CCUGCAUCUUUUAUAACAACCCAAUAGAUUUUGUUUUCCAUUACAAUGAGAGUAGCAGAGUUUAUACAGGGCACAGCCUCCAUAGAGGAGGCGGUCGAAGCAAACUCGCGCCUUUUUCUUCUUCUUACGUGCCCCGCUCUGAUCAUUUCAAAAGCGAUGACGCCACGGUGCGGCCAGUGACACCCAGCUACGGCUGGAGGGACGCCUCCCAUGUUUUCUUGGCGUCAGGCAGCCUUGACUUGAACAUGAAUAAAAGCGUGGCUGCAAAAUGCCGGGGGAUACAUAGAUAGAAAAUAUGCACACACACACCCCAUAUUAAAAACUAAGCCCCGGGCAGGGCCUCUUAUCAGUAUUGGUACGGGCCCGUUUGCAACGCGGAACCUCCUCGCCGCGGCUUAGCGGCGGCGCGAGGGAAGGUGUUCGGCGUUGCACCGUCCGGGCUGCGAGGGGCAUUGUGGGGGCCCGCGUUUGAAAACCGUUGCUCGCUUCUUCUUCUCCUUUCAAUUUUUAUUCCCCCCCCUUCCUUCCUUUCUCUCUCUCCCCCCCGCCCUGCCACCACCUCUUCUCUUCUCUCUCCGGCGGGUUUUUAUUAUUAAAAUGGCGCCCUAAGCCGCGGUCCAGGGAAGCCACCCGAGUUGGGAGGCUCGAGGAGAAGCGGCCCUCGGAGGAGGGUAAGGGCGGGCGGGCGAGGGGCGCGUCCUCCUCCCCACCCUCCUGCCUCCGAUGCGAGAGGAUGGCGAGCCCGGAUCAGAAGUCGCCCAACGUCCUGCUGCAGAACCUGUGCUGCCGCAUCCUGGGCAAGGGCGAAGGUAACUGCCUCCCCCGAAGACUCUAGAAGCCCUUUCCCGCUUGUCGUGAGCUUGCUCGGGUCGCUUCUCCGUGUGUUUGUGUUGGCUUGUGUGUUGUGUUGUGUUGUGCCUCCUCCUGUCCUUCUGUCAGCGGAGCCGCUGUGGGAGCUGCGCAGGUGGAGAGAAGGAUGCUCUAUCUAGCCUCCCCACAUAAUAAGGUGCAGGCAGGCAGGCGAAAGAGGCUGCUGCUGCUGCUUCUCGUGGGUGGUUGAGUUGAGCAGACGGACAGCUUCGUGCCCCCUGGAAUAACUUGGCUGCAAAACACCCUCCCCAGCCACCGCCUCCCGCCGAAAGAGGGGCCCGAAACAGUAAUCAGAGAGAGAGACAGAGAGACAAGACGUCCUACUGUAAGAGUGCCUGGUCGGUUCUGGAAGUGGGGGCUCCAGGUUUCUUCCCUCAGUGGGUGGACUUGGCUGAGAUUUGGCCCAGCCACCUGGGCAGCAGAGCUUCUUUGUGCAUAUAAAUAAGGCGACGGGGGUGGAAAAGCUAAGUAGGACUUCUGAGAGGAAUAGGCUGGAUGUUGGAUCACUGAAUAUUGUGUGGAAUAGCUAUACACAAAUGUAAUAUUCUGCAUUUAGGGUGUUUUUUGGGCAGCGGAGAAAUCAGAUCCACAUGUACAGGAUGACACUCAACUUGACACCAGGAGGUGUGAAAUGAAUUGGUGUGUUAAAAAAACCCAACAACUGCUAGCAGGGGCCCCCUGUAUGGUUUCGGGACCCUGUUGCAGGGGGUUGGACUGGAUGACCCUCGGGAUCCCUUCCAACUCUACAAUGCUGUGAUUCUAUGAACUUAGUUAGCCAUAGUAUGCUGGACUAGGUGGCCACUGGCCUGAUCCACUUGUUCAUCUUCUGUUCUUAAUCUGCUGGAUCAGGCCAGUAAACCAUCUAGGCCAGCAUUCUCUUCUCACAGUGGCCAACCAGAUGCCUGUGGGAAGCCCUAAAUCACUAUCUGAGUGCAACAGCACUCUCCUGGUAUGGGUCCCAGCAUCUGGUAUUCAGAAGCACACUGCCUCUGACAGUGGUGGUAGAACAUAGCCAUCAGGGUUAGUAGCCAUUGACAGAGUUAUCCUCCACAAACCUGUCUAAUCCUCUUUUAAAGCCAUUUUGGUAGGCGUAAGCUGAAUAUGAGACUGCAGUGUACUGUUAACAGCUACAAAGGCUAAUACAAUUUUUGACUGCAUCAGCAGAUGCAUAAUGUCCAGAUUAUGAGAAGUAAUUGGUACCACUGUUCUGCAUUGGUCAGAACUCCAGGUCUGGAGACUGUGGUUUAAGAAGGAUAUAAACAAAUUAUCCAAAGGAUGACGACAGAUACAGAGGAGCCUAGAGAAGAAGUCCUGUGAGGAAAGAUUGAAGUCAGGUACACUUAGCCUUGAAAUGAAAUGAUUAAGUUCCAGUGUAAUGACUACCAUAAGUAUCUGAAGGGUUGUCACAUAGAUGGAACAUACUUGUUUUCUCUUGCUCGAGGUAAGGAGUAGCCAAUGUGGUACUCUCCAGAUAUUGUAGGACUGCAACUACCGUCAGUCCCAGCUAGUGUGGCCAACUGGAGAACACCAUGUUGCCUAUCCAUGCUCUAGAAGUUAGAACCUGAACCAUUGGAUCCAAAUACAAAGAAAAAACCUAGACUGAACAUUAGGAAAAACUUUAUGCAGGUAGAAGCUGUUGGACAGUGAGGCAGACUGCUUCAGAAGGUGGUGGACUCUCCUUUGCUAAGAAGUAUUUACGCAGAGGUGAGAUAGUCACCUGUUGGGGUUCUGUAGAAGUUGAUUUGUGCAUCAUUGAACAUUUAAGUUCUUUUCCAAAUCUUAAGAGGCUUGAUUAACUUCAGAGCUAUCUCCCAGCUGAUGAGAUGCUGCUAAAAAAAGCUGUGUUGAGUCUUUUUUUUGAGCAGUGGAAAAAGAGGUACAGCAGGUAUGUUGUGAUUAACAUCCCAUAAGUAAGCACACAGAUGAGAAAAUCUUAGGAAAAGUUUGAAAUGCAUUAUUGUUUCUAAAGCUAAAAGUCAUCCCCUUUUGUAGGCUACUGUUCAAAUACUUUGAAAGAACAAUGGCUACUGAAUGUACAGCUUCCUAUAGAUCAUUGUGAGAGAUUAAGUAUACAUGAUUAUGGUAUUUUUCCAGAUACUCAUAUUUUCAUAAUUAAAUUUGUUAGUUACUGCUGAUGUAAAAUCCGCUUCUGAGCAUAACAUGCAUUUUUGUAUGUGUAGGUUAAAUUUUCUUAUUUGGCAGAAAAAAAUGUAGUACUGAAUUACAUAAUACAUCCUGUUAAUCUGUUUGCAGUGAGAAAAUAGUUACUUAUGAACGGGACAGUUGAAAGAUACAGCAAUUGGAUUGUAUCAAAGAUUAUAAAAGCAAAAAUGGAACUGUGGUAUGUUUUCUGCAGACUUCAAGAUGGCUAAAAGUCUGAAAACACCAAUUAAAAAUAAAAUAAACAUAGCUAAAAAGGAAACUAAAGCGGGGGAUAAAUAGAAGGAACAGUAAACUUCAUAAGAAGUAAUAGGUAAAGUAGCAUAAUUAAAGACCACGUGGCAGAAUUAAAAAAAACACCCUACAAUGAAGGUUAACUUAUCUUAUGAUCCACUUAAGCUACCAAAAAGGAGGCAAGGCAAACCUCUUGGGAUGAAAUUCCAAAGCCUUGAUUCAGCCCUAUUUCUAGUUCCAGGGGUUAUUAGAACCCAUAUAGGGCCUCCACUGUUGGCUUUAUAUGACCUGGCAAGAUCAUAUAAGAGGAGUUGGUCCUUUAGUUAUAUUGGUCUCAAUUUGUGAAAGGCUGAAAGUUAUUACUAGCAUUUUGAAUUGGGUUCAGUAAUCCAACUCCAAUUAACAACCUGAUUGAUGAUUUCUGAACUGAUUGAAGUUUCUGGACACCUUUCAAAGCAACCAUGUUAAGUGACUUUGAAUGAUCGGGAUGUGUCAUUGUGGUUAGGUCUGCUGUCUUGCAGCACCAGACUAAACUGGGCAAAUAUACAUCUGACCAUGGCUUUUACCUGAGUGUCAAUAUCAAGGCCACAGCCAGAAGCACGCCCAGACUAUGAACCUGUGUUGUGUAACCCCAUCCAACACAGGUUAUAUUAUUUUUCUGAUAUUGGAGCAAUCUGUAUGUAUGGCUGCCCUGCCUUGCUGUGAGCUAAGCCAUGGUUUGUCUUAGCAUUGUGUCAUAUUUGAGCUCAUGGUUUAUUUCCAGACAAACCACAAGCUGUAACCAAGUCGAUGGAUUACUGCUUGUGGGUUGUGGGAGGUAAACCACAAGCUAUGGCUUAGUUUACAGCAUUUUGCAGCAGCAGGACCAGAGGAGGAGCAAAAAUAGCCACAAUCUUCUCUCUGGGAACCCACUCAGUUGCUGAUUUGUGCUAAGUCAUGGUCAUUGUCUCAAAUAUGACAUAAUGAAUAUUUGCUUGUUCUUUGAAAAUUAGUUAAGAUGACUUGGAUGCAUACUUUAUUGUGCUUUAAAAGUUUGGGGUUUCUUUUGGUGUGUGCAAGCUGCUACAAAUAUCAAACAUGAUUCAGUAGUAAGGAACUUACUAGAUUGUAGUUGGUUGGCAUCUGUCUUGAGAGACAUUGGUGUGUGCCUCCAGUGAUGAAGUUAAAUCACUGCAUUAGCAGCACUGAAGUGACAUCCCCUGGGAGCAGGCCUGGGCACUAUGUACGAAGGGCCUGGAAAGCAGAGCACUGCAUUUGGUACCAGCUUGGCUGCAGGAGUUGCUGGAAAGAGGCAAAUGAGGUGCCACCUGACCACCUUAGGGACUCCACUCUGGAUUUGUGUAGGGUUUAUCGCUUAGCCUUUUCUUCUCCUGACAGUAUCCUGGAAGCAGUGUUCAAAACUCCCAUUGUUCUCGCCGCAUUUUGCGGGAAAUUUCAUUAGUGUGAGCAGUUUCUAAGUUCCGGGUGCAGUACUGCGCCUAAGAUUUCAGAUUAAAACUGCAGUGUGGAAGGAAAGGAGGACCCUUUUCUGCCUCCCCACUUCCACCUACUCACUGAAGACUGGAGAAGAGACCCUCUUAAAAAUGUUAGGGGGGUGGGCAGGAGAAGGACUAGACCAUGUGAAAAAUGAACAUAAUAUUUUAGCUGCAGUUCAGUCCUUUUCAGCCUUGUAUUCCUGUUAUAAAAAAGUUUGCCUAGGCAUUCCGUUCUUGCGCCCGUAACCUAGCUUUAAGGUGCCAUUUAGCUUCUCGUUUUCAUAUCUCAGUUUCCAGCACUGCCUGAAAGGCAGCAGAGGUUUAGGAUCAGUUUUCCUUCUCCUAGAUGGGCUAGCUUCCCAGGUUGACGAGCCGCACCUGCCUCUGACUUCUGUAUGUGCAGAAACCGCCUUCUUGACUGUUGGACCUACUAUUAUUCUUGUGUGCUCAAUUUGUCAGAGCCUGUCUUUGCAUGCAAAGAAAGUCCCUAACUCUCAGAGAGCUUAAGACCUAUCGGCUGUCCUCACCUGGUUUAGCCGGCCAGUCAAAGCCAUUCCUGGGGUGUGGCUGCUGUUGUAUGCUGACAGCUUCUGGGAGCUGCAGGUGAGAACUAAAUUCAGGGUGUGGACCAAAGGUGGGCAAACUACUCCAAAUGGAGCACAACAUGUACCCCUCCCAUCCCCUAACACCACAUACAUCCCAUUUGAUUGUAGUAUUGCACAGGAUAAUUCACCUGCCCAUUUUAUGAGACUGAAGUCUCUAGAGAAGAGACAGUAUGUUAAACUUGUGUGGAUUUCACCAAAUAAUUGUUUAUAGAAUUGUUUUAUUGAAGGUAGAUGUAAUUGGUAAUUGCUAAGUAGAUAGAUGGGUAUGAAAAUAUUUGUGGAAUUUGCAAGAAGUAGGUUGUUUGCCUCUGGGGGAAAAUCUGUGCAUCUAGCACAGAAAUGAAAUCCUGCCAGCACAAUUCCAUGCAUAUUUACUCAUAAGUAUUACUCAUUGUGUUAAGUGAGACUAACUUAAACAUGCAUAGGAUUGUAGUAUAAUGCUACAAUUAUUUGCUCAGAUCCUUGGGAGUAAGACGCAUUGAAUUAACUGUGACUUACUCCUAAGUACAGUAAAUAUGGAAAUGUUUAGAUUGCGUGUAGGUUUUGUUCUUUUAGCUCACUUUGGGAAAUAGGUCCUGAAGAACACAGUGUUCUAUAAGCUAGCGAUAAAAUUAGGCUUUUCUUAAAGAUAACUUGUUACUUGCAGCCUGACUUGUCUAAAGAGUUCAGAUUGGGGGAGAAAGGUCUUUUUGUCUAAAAAUCAUAAUCUGCCACAAGGGCAAGGGUGACAGAAGACAAAACUGGAGGAAUACCAAAUUUAUUCAUUCCCUUGAAUGUUUUAUCAGAAGUAGAAAAGCAUAUUUGAUUUUUUUAAAAAAAUCAAAUUCAAAAGCUGCAGAGAGUUGAGUUGAACCAAGACUUGAGACCUGCUCAAAUCAAAAUAGCUUUGUGGUAUAAAAAGUAGCAGUUACCCAGGUGAUAGAUUGAAAAUUGCCUAUCCUUAUGCAGUUCAAAUAUCUUUACAAAUAGGGAGCUUUUAGAAUGAAUAAUUUGUCUGAUGUUUAUGUUUAUAAAACUUGUAUCAUUUUGCUCCUUUGAAAUACUAAAAUGUUUUCCCUUAUUUAUAAACUCUUUUAUUUGGCUUAAGUAUUACACACUGUAGGACUUUACUUGGCCUAUAAAACAUCAUUUUGUGCUUUUUAUUUUAAAAUGUCAUUUCUUUUGACAGUAAUUAAACUAAGAAUAAUUAUUAUGAUAUGGUAAGCAUGGUGGGCAAACUUGGCAAUGUUGGAUAAUAUUAUGUUAAUUUUAAUUACUCUUAUUUACAAAAAAAGGCUACCUUCAUGUAUUUGUUUGGGACUUUUAGCAGUUAGCAUUGAUGUUAUAUGAGCUGAGUCUUCUACAGUGCCAUCCUGUACAUUUCAGUGGGAACUUUCCCCAGGAAUGUGUGCAUAAAAUUUCAGCUCAGAUUUGUAUGUUACCUGUACUUCAUUUAUGGAAACAUCUUUUGUCAUAUUGGGAAACGUGGACAUCUUGGAUAUCUUCCUUUAAAUGCAAGUAAUUGUUCCUCAAUUUUAACAUUGUGAGAGAUUCCUGGUAAACCUCCUACUGGUUGCGCACAGGGGCAAUGUUUUCUUUCACAUUGGUACUUUGGUGCUCACACUAGUAAUCAAAUCUGAGGACUUUAUUGAUUCUUUAGAAGGAGGUCAGUGAUGCUGUGUCCUGGAAGCAUCGAGGGCAACUCUAAUCACAUACUGUAAACAUCUUUCUGUGAGCAGAGAAAUGUGCUCCUCUAAAGGUUCUUGACUGAGAGUUGCUAACUGAUGAAGUGAGGGACCAGGUUGCUUGCAAACAUUUGCAGAUGGAAUUGGGGUCAUCAAUAAGCUUCGCACAAAAUAAUAGCUAUGAUGAAAAUAGUUUUGUUAGGUCACAAGGAAGGGGCAAAAUGUUUUUAAAUUUUAGGUUUGUAAAAUGAUUUUGUAAACCUGUGGGGUGCUAUUGACCCCACCUACACUUUUUUGGUGAGGUUAAGGGGAAAUGAGUGAUUUGUCUGUUAUGAAAAUGGGCAGAAUUCUGUUUCUUCAUCCUCUGUAUUAUUUUCUCACAUGAAAUGGACACAACAGGCUCUGGGCUAAGCACCUGCGGAUAAUGGCAAUUAGUGAAUAACCUUAAAGGGCAUUUUGUGUGGCUACUUUGAGCCCUAGCACCCUAUGUGCAUGUUGUUUGGGUUUUCUUGGACAUUCCAAGGCAGUAAAAUUGACCUUAAAAGCCAUAAGUGAAACAACAUUUCCCCCACUAAAUUACACUCCCUCUGCAUCCCUCCCAAAUGCCACAUGGGACCGUAUUUUUCCGUCUAUAAGACGCCCCCAUGUAUAAGAUGCCCCCUAUUUUAGGGGACGCAGAUUUAGGAAAAUGGGUGUAGAUGUAUCUGUGUAUAAGACGCCCCUUAAUUUUUGACAUUAUUUUUUAGGAAAAAAACCUAGUCUUAUACACAGAAAAAUACGAUAAUUUAUGCUCUGUAUUGGAUGAGAACUACCUUUGUUUCAAUAAAGGCUAUUGAGACAAAAGUUUUAUGGAUUUUGUCUGGUGCUGUUCGGAGGUGUUUGACCCCACCCGUUGAUGAAAGGUUAAACUUUCCUUCUCCCAUAUCCUUUGCCAAGAUGGUGGCAUUUAUGCUUGAGGCUACAGGAAAUUGGAUUUCAUGACUCCAAAGACCUGUUGUUGUUUUUUACUUUCCUUGUGUCUUUUCAGCAAAUGGUACUUGAGGUCUUAAGUGCAAACCUUGUUUAGCUAUUUUCAGUGGUUUUGUAAGGUGUGGGAAGGAAAUCACUAAACCACAUAAUUUAACCAUACAUAUUUAAUUUCGUACUCUCCCUUUUCGGGAAAUUUCUAAAAAGCGCUAGCCGUGACAGUUCCUUUUUUUCUUGAAUCAUUUUGACUUUAAUUUCCUCUUGCCUCUAAUAGUUUGUCUACAUUUUCACAGGGAAUUUGUUCAGAGUUCUUUCUAGGCUUUGAAAUAUGUAUGCCAAACACUGCAGUUCUGAGUAGAAAUACCUCUGAUACAUUAGUGGAGAUGGUGAGAAGGUUGUGAAAAAUGGAUGAUAGAAGAAAAUUCCCACUAAGUAUUAUUGAAACCUGACUUCAUAGCAGCUACAUAAAAGCAUGCUCAAUAAAAACGUGCCUCCUUAAAAUUAUUGAUACUUUUGUUCUUUGCGUUCAGCACUUUGAGAAUCAGAAUGCUAUUUACUGGUGUUCUGAAUUCUUUGGAGAAUAUUCCACAAAUCUGUUCAUUAAGAGAUCCUGUCAGAGUACUCAAAUAAGGGCACAAUUGUGAAAUUGCUAGCAUUCACAUGAGCUUUGAAAGGCAGGUCUAUGGCUAUGUUCCAUCUCACAUCUUUAUCAAUAUCACACUUAAUUUAUAUCCCACUUGCAUUGUUUUCACAUUUAAGAGGUGAAGGUCUCAUUCAAUUUAAUGAGACUUUCACGGUAGAAAAUAUGUAGUGAAGGUCAAAUUUUCUAGGGGGCGUACAAAGGAACACCAUAUUAUAUGAGAGAGAGAGAGUGAUGGAUGCUAAUUUGCUAAGUUCUCUGUUUAGCCUUUUGUUAACAUGAAUAAUGGAAUCAUAGAAUUGUAGAGGGUCGUCUAAUCCAACCCCUUGCAAUGCAGGAAUCUCAACUAAAGCAUCCAUGACAGAUAAGAGGCUUCCUUUGCAUUCACUCUAUAUACAGCUCAUUAGGAACUGCAGGAUAGAAGUCAAUUUCUUUAUAUUUGUUGAGCCCCUUCUCUUUACACUUGGCAAAGGUAUUUGCCUUUUGGAAUUGAGGCUGCCCAGCAGUUUUCUGUUUUGCUGACCCAGUUCAGCCAAAUGUGGAAUGAAGUCUUUGGCAGGGGCAGAGACUUUUAAAAAGCAGUUUGAGGAAAGAGUGCCUUUUCAUCUCAAAUAUGCUUAAGUUAAAAUAAUAUUUAUUUCUUCCUCUUGCUAAGCUGUAUGGUCAAUUUUAUGGCCUAGCAAUUUCAUGCACUGAGAUGGUGCUGCCUUUAUUCUGUCCAAGGUUCAUCCAAUUGAAAGGGUGCAUGUGGGACCCUGGACGUGAUGUGGUUGCUACAUUUAUAUUGGGAAUUCAGCACAUUUUUUAUUUGAAAUUAUUACAUAUUUCUAAUGAAUCUAGGGUUCUGAUUUGAACUCCAUUAAGGUUUUAGAAACUGUGGAAUAUUUUUUUCAGAAGCUGUACUUUGCCAUUAGAAAUAUCAGCAGCUCUUCUUCAUACAGAAUUUGGGUGGCCAACAAUUUAAGACUGAGCAGACUGCGCUCAGUUAAGGUAUAUUAAAAUAAUUGUUACACAUAUGUUAUAUUCCUGUGCUGUGCUAUAUGGAAUUGGGUGAAAACCAACUCUGGAAAGCAGCUUGUCAAGAUGUUUUAGACUACUAUUCCUAUCCAGAACUGAACACUACACUGACCUUAAAUAAUUGUCAGCUAAGGGAUUGGCUUUUCUGGAUAGAAUUCAGAAGGGAUCUGCAACUAAUUAGAAAGACAAAAAAAAUUCCCCUUGGUAUCCAAUCACAAGAACAGAGCACUUUAGAGCUAGUUAUCUCACCAAUUUCCGUAAGAAAUGUAUUCUUAUGGAGCUGUGUUUCCAAGUGAUGCCCAGUGUAGUCUUAGAUGGCUGUUACAACACAGUCCCGUGCACAGACAGACUUUGUAUUUGUGGUCAGCUUCAGGUGGAAGACAUCACUCAUUAUCUGUUAGAUUGCCUCUUUAUAUAGGGACCCAAGAGUUCACUUUCUGAAACCUUUGGUUUGCAGAACCAUGUAUACCCCAGCAGAAAUGGUUCAGGGGUUUGUUUGUUUGCUUGUUGUGAGUAACAGUAAUAGCAUUGUAACACAGAGCGUGUUUAUGCAUUGGCUGCAAAAAAGAAAGAGGAAAAGGGAUUUGGAUAAAAUUGCUAUAAAUUGUUUUGGUGAUACAGAGGUUUAAUCUGAAAUCAGGCUAAAUCUAAGCUAGUUGAUGUCUCUGGUAUCUCCUCUCAUGUAAUGGAUGUCUGCUUAUAUUAUGGAUGUAUGUUCUAUAUUAUUUUAUUAAUACUAUUGCUACGAGUUUGUCAUGGCCUUUGGCUAGAACAAUAAACUUACGAACUGUAAGUGAAACUGAAAACUGAGUAUUUCUAAUGCUUUAUUUAUUCCCCCGUCUGUUAAGGCAGAAAUGCUUGCAAAUACUGAGAUUUAAAGUCAUGUUCAAAUUGAGAGCAAAAGCCAAACAGCUGAAAAGUCUUUGGAAUGGUGUGAGGAUAAAUACAAUGUUUAGGGGUAGAGCAAUGUGCAAAUGAUAGAGUGGGAUUCAUGGGCAGAUUUCUAGGAGGAAAUAGUUGGGUGUUCUCAUGUAUCCCUUCCUGGAAUAUCACAGAAUGUGUAAUCCUCUGGACAUUAUGAGUAUGCCAGGGAAUAUUUACUUAUCAUUCUUUGUCAUUGAAAGUAGUAGUAGUUCAGCAAUAAAAUUGCUUGUGCAUUUGGAAAGCUAAGCAGGGUCUGGUAUGAUUUCAAAUUGGAUGGGGGACCAUGUGUUCAGAGUCCUAUAUUGCAGGGGGUUAGACUAGGUGACCCUUGGGAUCCCUUCAAGCUCUACAAUUCUAUGAUUUUUAUGACCUGUGUUUAAUGGAGGUGCCUAUAAAUGGACAUGAAGCUUCUACAACCCUGUAAUGAACUUCUGAAGUAAUCCGAACUAUGUUUCUUACUUCUGCUGACACCAAAAAUAUUGUAUUAGACACCAAAAAUAUUGUUUGUGCAGGAAGACACUUUUACAUUCAUGAUUCUGUAUUACACAUGGCAGAUUAGUAUCUGGUAUGUGUGUGUGUGUGUGUGUGUGUGUGUAUGUAGGUACGCAACUCAUAAAAUUAAAUGCAUCUUCACAGUCUUAUUAUUAAAGGUAAAGGUAAAGGAACCUUGACAGUUAAGUCAGUCGUGAACGACUCUGGGGACUCUCACUUUACUGGCCAAGGGAGCUGACGUUUGUCCACAGACUGUUUUUCUAGGUCAUGCGGCCAGUAUGACUAAGCCACUUCUGGCAAAACCAGAGCAGCACACGGAAACACCGUUUACCUUCCCACUGGUACCUAUUUAUCUACUUGCACUUUGACGUGCUUUUGAACUGGUAGGUUGGCAGGAACUGGGACCGAGCAACGGGAGCUCACCCCGUCGUGAGGAUACGAACCACCGACCUUCUGAUUGGCAAGCCCUAGGCUCAGUGGUUUAGACCACAGCACCACUCAUAAAAUUAAAUGCAUUUUCACAGUCUCUUAUUAUUAACAGUUGACUAAUUGUGAUUUUAUUUCAGCUGAUGUAGCCCAGCAGUUUCAAUAUGCAGUGCGAGUCAUUGGAAGCAACUUUGCCCCUACUGUUGAAAGAGAUGAAUUUCUUGUAGCAGAAAAAAUUAAAAAAGAACGUAAGCUUAUUUAUUAUUUUUUAACAGUGUUCAGAGCAAGUUUUAUAAGGUGUUCAAUGCUGUGUGGGUUUUGUCUCUUAGGAUAGAGCUGGUUCACUUUACUGUUCAUCAGUAUAAACUAUUACCUUGUUUUUCACCAUCAUAUAUGUGCUUUUAUAUUUAUUUAUUUAUUUAAAAUAUUUAUAAGAUGCUGUUCUAGACUAUGUCUACCCAAACUAGUGAACAGCAAAACAAGCAUAAAAUACAAUAAUAAAAUGCAGCGCCAUAAUAAAAUUGUUUAUUUUGUUUCGACUACGGCAGACCAACGCGGCUACCUACCUGUAAAUAAUAAAAUUGUGAAAAGGUUUUCUCACACAAUCCCUUAUAAAAGCUUCUAAAACUAAUUUUUAUGAACAAACAAAACAUUAGCAUGUAAACCAGUACAAAACUAUUUUCAAAGCUAUUUAAAAAAUAACACCCAGCAGCAUGUCCAAAAGACACAUCUGUUAAAAACCAAUUGAAACAGGUGGUUUUAAUUCUUUUUUAAUUCCCUCAUAUAGGAGAGCGAGAGAGUAAUAUGAAUUGUAGUUAUAGAUCACUGUGUCAGCAGAAGCUAGCAGGGAAGAAGCAAGAAGAUAGUGUAAUAUAGAGUAGAUGUAUUUAUUCUUUUGUCUGAACAAAUUUCUAUCCUUCAUAUGUGGUUGUAAGGAAAAUAUGGAAGGUGAUGUGCGCAUUUAUCUAUUAUUAUAGUGUAGAGUUGAAUAUUCUACAUAGAACCAUAUUCAUAUAGGGUCAUUUCAUUGGAUGAAAUGAGCAUUUCUGUCCUUUGGGGGAGACCCUGUGGCAGAGCAAUCACCAUUUUUGUUGCCUUGCUGCUAAAUAAGCUAGGGUGGUAGGUGGAGGAAGCAGAUUUUUUUCACUUUCCCUUCCAUUGAUUCUAAUGAGAGAGAAAUAAAUACAGUAGACUUAUGCACAUUUAACUUGCACACAUUCAACUUUACAUGCUUGGCAAAAAAAAAGUAAAACAGCAGACAUCCAGUGGGGCGGAGAACUUUGGCAAUCCCACCCACCAUUGAUCCAAUGUGCUUUGACGAUAUGCAAUUUUGGCUUUAUGCAUGAUCCCCAGAACAUAAGUUGUGGGCUUACUAUACUCCAGGCCCAGGCCUGGCAUAGUCCUGGGCCAGUUUGUGGGUGUGUCAGGGGAUUUUGAAUCUUGCCGAUCCAUGACUGCUGGAAAUCCCCUUUUUUGACCCCCUCUGCCUGUGGGACAUGGACCACAGAACAUCUGUGCUCAUGGAUCUUCUCGCAAAUUAUCCACACAUAUCCCUUUCUCCUGACUGAACGACACUUAAUGUUGUUUCUUAAGGUCUCUUAAGCACUAGGAUCACAGGCCUAGUCUUAAAUAUGACACCAUCCUUCUGGCCAGAAUGAAUAGUCAUCUACAUUGUAACAAAAGCAGCUGGUAGCUCAGUGAAUUAGAUAUCUGUGUUGAUUGAAUUUCUGUUUAGUUUAAAUGCUAAUGUUGCACAUGGCAGGCUUGUAGUGUUCUUAACUUGCCUUUUCUCUUUUAAAGUUGUGCGGCAAGGAAGGGAAGAGAAUGCUGCUGUAUUUUCAGAACUCUACAGAAAACUCCACUCACAGGUACAGGAAUGUGUUCCAAACAACCCAAUAACCAAUAUGGAGACUAGUUGCUAAUUGUUGUGUAAAGAAUACCACUAAUGUGGCUUUGCUAGAUCAAGGAAAUGAGUUGUGUUUGAGUUUGUUCUGAUCUCCUGUCCUGUAAAAUAUUAAAAGCCCGUUUUUGAGGAAAGUAAAAAACAAUCAUCACGUGUUUUUGUUGACUAUAUGACUUCUUAUGGGAAGGACAUACAUCAGCAUAAAAUGUGUUUUGCUUUUUAUGUUAAACUUAUCUCACCACAAUCUAUUUUUAAGAUAAUGUGUAUUGAUUUAUUGAUCAGGUUUUCUGUCGGCCUCUUAAGUGAUCUUGGUUUUCUUUCUUUUGUACUUGAGAAUUUAUGAGUCAGUUUUGACAGUGAAGUUCAGCGAAGUUCACAAACUUUUGUAUACUGCAAGCAAAUCUGUUAUUCCUUGGCAUUAAUGAGUUGACUUCCCUCUGCUAUAGAGAGACUAGUUCAAUAAUUUCCAGACUUGUGAGAGCAGUAUAGUAGCUGCCAAAAAACAGCAGGGCAUGAAUUAGCAUGAAGUCCAGCUGUUGGUGGGAGAUCUGUCAGUCAUUUGUUUAAGCCAUAGCUCAAGUUUUUCCCCUUAUAUUGCAAAGGUAAAUUAAUGAAUUAGAAAAUUUGAACAAACCGUACUUAAAGAACCUAGAACAGUGACCUGAACUGUUGAGAAUAGCCAUUAGGCACUUCCUAAUACUUUAAAUCAGUACUUUUAUCAUAUGGUUAUGACAAGCUGCUUGCUGAAAUAGCACUGUGAAGAUAAUCCACCCACCCUGGUUGAGUAGUAUGAUCAGAUCAGGGACAAAUAGGAUAUCAGCAGGGAUUUAAGUCUCUUAAGAGGUGGGUCUGGUCUUGCUAUUAUUAUUAUUAAAAAAGAACUUAUCCAGGCAGAGGUAAGUGGCAUAUAACCUUCUGCUAUAUUGGCUGCAGUCCAAACCCACAUAGAAUUCAAUAGGACUUUCCUACAAGUAGCUGUGAUGGGUGUAUACAUGCACCACUUUCCAUUUUGAACAAAAGUAGACCUGUAAAUCUUUAAUUGAUUUGACCAACGCAGCUGAAUGAAAAAUUGGUGGUGGGUGUUUUUUUUUUGCAGUAAAAAACGAAGCCUGAAGACCAGUCAUGCACUACAGUUAGUCAACAAGGCUUGGUUUCCAUUAAUCUAACCUUGCGUCUCCCAUCCAUACCACUAUUAAAUCAUGGUAAUACUUGCUCACGGGCAAGUAAAACUAGAACUAAUUUUGAAACCACGUUACCAUUUCUAAUAGUUACCUCUUGUGGCAGGGAGUUUUGAAGAACAGAUGGUCAAUCCUCUACCUCUUGCUGAGCCUCAGUGAAGAUCCACGCAAGCAGCCAAACAAGGUAGCUAUUUUUGUGGGUGUGGGUGUCUAUCUAUCUUACAUAUAAUGAACAUGUAAGAGUACCAUCAAGCUGCAGUUUGCUAGGCCACAGACAAGCAACAUUGUGAACUACAGAAUGGCAAGAGUUGGUGGGUGAGCAGCCCAGGUGAGCUGGACAGCCAGAAGAGGCUGCAGCAGACCCCCAGCUCUGCUGUCUCUUCCUCCUGCCCAUUCUGGAGCCUCUGCCCCUCGGAUUCAGGUCCCUAGGCCAGCUGCCACUGCUACUGUCCUCCUUCCUCCUCUGCAAUUGGCCUUAGAAUCAAUCUGCUACUGCCAAGUAACAUAAAGAGCAGCAGCAAGAGCAAUGCAGGGGUGAAGAAGGCAUCAGAAGUAAUGGCUGGCCAGUCACUGGCGGCAUGAGGUGGAAAAGAACAUCAAAGCUGCCCUGUGAUGAUCCUUUCAACCUCUGAUGCCUGAGGUUGCUGCCACUGCUACAGAAAGCAACAGAAAAUAAGUCUGCAUUUUGAAAUCUUCUCUCGUUUCUGGCAAGGGGCAGCUAGGAGGCAGACACAAAGCAGAGAAAUAAGCUUCUUUCUCUCCUUUGUCUACCCCUCUUCCUCCUCCACCACCCCGUUCUGUGGCUCUGGGAAGCAUGAGAAAUGUUUCCUUCUUAGGCUUCCUUUAGUAGAAGAUGGUGCUUGGGAACCACUCAAGGGAUGGGAGGGAGGGAGUUUAUGGAGCAUUCACACACACACACACACCACCUUUUUUAUCAGUGUUUUAACGUUGAUUUAAAAGAAUUAAAGCUGGAAAACAAAAAUAAAAGCCAAUAAAAGUGAAAUUAUAAAAGCAAAACAUAACUAAAGAUUGUAAUAAUGUUUUAACGUGACCAGAUAAAUAAAGAAGUUUUUUUAAAUCAAAUUUUUUAAUUGAUUUUCACAUUUAUCACAUAAAAAAUACAAAAAGAUAAAAAAGAAAAACAUUAAAUAAAGAAGUUUUUGCCUGGCGCAUAAAAUAUAGUAGAGUUGGUGCCAGACAUGUCUGUCUGAACAAACCUCACCUCUGAUGGAGGUGGGAUUUAGAUGAAGGCCACUGGCACAAGAUCUCGGCGUGUAGGCAAGUUGAUAUGGAAGGAAACAGCAGCACCCCUUGAAGUACUGUAUUAUUACAACUCACAAUGUAAAAAACUGAGACAAAGGUAAAGUUGAAAUGUUAGAGGUUAGCCUUACUAAGGUUUAGCGCCUGUUUAGAAAUGUCUUUGAAAAGAUUGGGGCUGAUUCUGAAAAGUGUGUUCUGUAUUUUACUUUUUAUUUUUAAACAGAUACAUCGGCAAUCGGUUUCAGAAUGAUAAUAUGUUUAUAGUCAUUUAGCUAAUGGCAAUGGGUUUAUUUUAAAACUUUGGGUUGUUUUUUUCCCUCCCCUUCAAGGUAUCAAAUUUCGCCUCCCUGUUUGCUCAAGCACUGCCACGGGAUGCCCACUCAACUCCGUAUUACUAUGCUCGGCCCCAGAGCCUUCCUUUGAACUACCAAGACCGGAAUGCUCAGUCUGGCCAGAAUUCUGCCAGUAUGGGGAGUAGUGGAAUCAGCAGCCUCGGCAUGUAUGCCCCGAAUGGGCCAACACCAACCCCGCAGUCAUUUCUUCCAGGGUAAAUGAACAUUUUUCAUGUUGCCGAUAACCGUGCAGAGAGACCUGUUUCAGUGUUUAGCAGUCAGAGGUGACAGUGAAGGCUUGCUGUUCAACGAAACUGGCCUGCAUGGCAGUUGUCCUCUUAACCUUGUACCGUAGGUCAAUUUGACUUUUAUUUAAGCUUAUUCUAUAUCCUGCAUCUCAGUGCUUCUUAGGGUGGCAUAUGCUAAAAUAGCAAAAUCAAUGGCAGGUCCAAAAAAAGAUUAAAGAAAGCAGCAGUUAGAACAAACAGCGGAAACAACAGAGCAAUAAAAACAUUUCAGAGGGAAUUAAAGCUGUUACAAUUAUGUUUUGAAAGACAUCCAAGUAGUUUCCAGGCAAACCUAUAUGGGAAGAAGAUUCCAUAGAUAGGUCACCACUGCUUAAAAGACCCUCUCCAGUCACUGUCCUUCAGGGUUGGUGGAACUGCUGUAGAUAAUAUACCUAAGACCAGACUUCCUCAAACUGGGCCCUCCAGAUGUUUUUGGCCUACAACUCCCAUGAUCCCUGGCUAGUAGGACCAGCGGUCAGGGAUGAUGGAAAUUGUAGUCUCAAAACAUCUGGAGGGCCGAGUUUGAGGAAGCCUCCCUAAGACCAUACAAUGAUUCAAAGUAGUUAUGGGGGGAAGCAUCUGAGGGGUAAAUGCACUUACCUGGGAGAAAGCCCCAUUGAACUUAGCAAGACGUGCUUCUGAGUAAAUGUGCAUAAGACUGUAUUGAAAGUCUUAUUGUUCAAAGGCAGCUAUCCCCCCUCUCUCUGGACCACACUAGUGUUGUCUACAAGACAACACAGAGACACUCUGUCUUCUGCUAGUCAGAGAUUAUGUAAAACAGGAGUCCAACCUUAAUACUUGGUUAGAGUAUGAAGAAAGUAAACAGUUCUUAGCUGAAUUUCAAGAAGACUGGUAAUUCUUUGGACUCUGCUAGACUGGUAAAGAAAAAGCGAUUUAUAUGCGUUGUUUGUGCAAUAUAACAUUGUGCCACCAGAUGGCGACAUGGAGUCCCGUUUUUCUCUACCUGUUUUCCCUGUUUAAAUUUACAAUGCUUUAAACUGAAACACUUCUUUGAUGUGUCCAGAUCCAGCCUUUGUUCUUGGGGUAACAGUUACAUUUCCUUAGCAGAUAGCCUUUGUAGCUUGCCAGUUUGCUUUCUUUCAUGAACAGAAAUUGAUUCAGCUGCUGAAAGGAAGUUAUGGUUCUUUAUAAGUCACCUUUUGAUAUACUUGCUAACUCCCCCUCCCUGAUACCUUCUAAUGAAGGCAAGUGCAAGUAUAGCUAGGGAAAGGAAAAAGAGAGAGAGAGGGUAUAUAAAAGCGGCCAGUGUGGUGUAGUGGUUAAGAGCGGUAGUCUCGUAAUCUGGGGAACCGGGUUCGCGUCUCCGCUCCUCCACAUGCAGCUGCUGGGUGACCUUGGGCCAGUCACACUUCUUUGAAGUCUCUCAGCCCCACUCACCUCACAGAGUGUUUGUUGUGGGGGAGGAAGGGAAAGGAGAAUGUUAGGCGCUUUGAGACUCCUUAAAGGGAGUGAAAGGCGGGAUAUCAAAUCCAAACUUCUUCUUCGAUGUGUUCAUAAUUACUGGUACUUGUUUAUUUAUGGCUUGCAUAUCGUGCCUUUCCUCCAAAGAGCUGGAUUUCAGGCAAAAUUUUUGCUUGAAAUCAUUGGAUGACAAUUGGGUUUGCUCCAGCACCAAGGCAGAAUUUUUGCAACGUGGCAUUAUCCCAAAGUGCCACGAGGAAGUAGUCAUCACAUUGGGGAUAGCACUACAUCUUGGCUAUGAGGUCAAGCUACUAGAAUAUCGAAGGAAGAGGCUUCCAAACUUUGUACACCAAACUAGUGGUUUGUGCUUAUGGUUCAGCUUUUUUUUUUGGGGGGGGGGGGGGAACCAGCAUUUUCUUCUCCUGCCUUUAAGUUCCAGGGAAUUCAGGAAGAAUUGUGGUUGCUCUUGCUUGCUUUUCCUUCUCAAUACCUCACAGUGGCACUGCAGGCACAUUGCCACCUGCAAAUUCCUUUCAUGGGACCUUAUAAGGGAAAAGAACUGAUUUUUAAUGUGAACUCCUAUGAAGCCCGUAGCUGCCCUAUGCCACUAAGGGAGCUAACUCUCAACCAGUGCUUCUGGGUGACUAAUCCUAGUGCUUUUUUUCCUAUUGGUUUCCCAGAGGUUCUGUCAGCCAAUAAGGGCACAUGAGCCUUCCAUAAGGACAAAAGGGGUGUUGAGAUCUGGCCCUUCCUCUCUGCCCAGAAUAAAUUUAUUCCAUAGGUUAUGGGAGGCUUUUCUACUCAUUUUCACUUCUAAACCACCAUAUUGGGAUGGGGUGAUAACAGAUUUUAGGUGCUUGUAGAGAGAGCUCUGAGGUUAUGUCUGGAAGAUCUUUGUUUUCAUUAACAACAUUCUAGGAUGUUGUCCUGAGGGGCGAUGACUGGGAGAACUGAAAAUCUAUCUUACUUUUUAAUUCCCAUAUUUUUGAAAUACCAUAGGCAGUUGUCCCGCUUUCCUGAAACUUGCAGCUCAAUUUUGAGAUCCAAGAGUGCAAAAACAACAUCAACAACUUUCAGGGAUGUCCUAUCUGGUCUGAAAUAUAUUUUCCUGAACAACUUGUUUCAGAAAUGUUUGGUGUUGGAUAAGUUUUAAUAAGCUUACAGGCUUAUCUUGCUGCUCUUGAUCUGGGAAGCUGGCUUGCCCUUUCCCAUGGUAUAUCUUAGCAACUUGACCCUGACUGUACCCAAAAUAAGGUGCUAACCCAAAUAUGAUGAUGCUUAUCCAUGAGAAUUCAAGGUAAGAAACAUCUGUUUCCACGAGUCGGGCUGAGUUACUAAAAUAAAAUAAGAGCAAUUGCUUUGCUAUCUGCAUUGACCUAUUAGAGGUGUCAGAACAUUAAACUGAAGCAACUUUUGGGCUGUUCUCAAAAUUGUAGAACAAUCAUGGGGACCCUGCUGAUGUGAGAGACCCUUUAUUUUUAUGAUUGUUUUAGAAAUUAGCAAUUUUCCCACUGCAAAUAUUUACCAGGAAUUAUUUUCAAAUGAUUCUUUUGUACUUGCAGGGCUGCAUUAGCCUUAGUUGGAAGUCAUCUGGCUCUGAAUGGGUAGUAGAUAUUUCUGAGGUGCUUUAUGCACUCUGUUGCAACAUUAGUAGGCAUGCAACCUUUUCUAUAUAACUGUCAAGAACUGCAAAAUGGUGAAUUUCUAAAUGCAUUAUCAAAGAUACUUGGCCAUGAUAAUGCCUUCUGCAUCUGCCAAUUUUUUUGAGCUGAAAUUUUGCAGAAAUAUAAGUAAUUUUGCUAUAAGUAAGACAACUCAAUAGCUACAUUAUAGCUUUUAUUUCCGCAGACAAUCCUAUCAACGUGCAGGCGUGGGAGAUUGCCUUCGGCAGCAGCUGGGGGCACGACUUGCCUGGACUUUAACCGCAGGCCAGCCUACAUUACAGAACUCUACCUCAAAAGGGCUCUCAACCACUGUUUCACGUAAUCUGCCAAGGUCAAGGCGGGAAGGGGACAUAACGGGUGAGAAAAAUAUAUUUCAUUGUUCAUUCUCUGUAUUCUUGCGUCACAGUGCUUAGCUCAGAUUGGGAUGUUUCUGCUUUGACCUUGAUACCAGCUGAUAACAGUUCCCAGGAAAAUUGUGUACACACAGGUUCUGCUAUAGGAACGCUAGUUGUCUGAAAUCUUAGCUACCUGAACACAAAGAAUCAUACCCAAACCUUACUACACAAACGGCUGAUUCAGGUAUCUCCAAAUAGCUGGAGUCUGCCCACUUUCUUCCUCCUGUGUUUUGCUAGUCAGCACAGAAUGAAUAUAUAUACAUAUAUAUAUAUAUAUAUGUAUGUAUUCUCAAAAGAAAGUCUUAAUAAGUUCAUUGGAACUUACUUCCAAGUAAGAGGGUAUUGGAUUGCAGCAUAAAUAUACCGCCCCAGUAUUCAGAUAUUUCCUGAGGCUCAAACUAUAUGAAGCUUCAUUUUUUUUACCCAUUAAAAAUAACAAAAACAAAACAACCAGCAGAAAACCAAAAGUAAUUUAAGGGAUUAAGUUGAGGAAUGACAGUUUGGGGUAAAUGCAUCUGCACCUAUUUCUCACUUCGCUCCCUGUACCCUGACUGUAGGUAUAAAAAUAGCUUUGGGGAGGCACUUUUGAGCUGAAGAACAGUUGGAAGGGAAAGGGUUAAAAAAACACCCCAAUCUCUGGCUUAAACUCCAGCGUUGUAAGGCUGCUUUGAGUUAUUUAGAUGAUGUCAUUUCACACUUAGUUUGAACCCUAGUCUAAUAAUGAGACUAUACCCCACGGCAAACUGUUUUUGAAACCUAAGUGAUUUUGUGUGGCUCCGAAAUAAGUUAUUUGGGCCUUUGUUUCAUAAAAGAAAUGGCUAAUGUGCUAAGAACCAAAGUCACCUAAGUGUGCUCUGCCACCACUGGGGGAGCACCCAUAAAGUGGUGCUGGGACACUGAGGUUGACCUCUCAAUUUGAGCAUGUAUUUUGGUUAUCUUGGAUAACUCUUCCCGUGUUCCAGAAACUAUUUUUAUAGGCAUCAUUGAAAUUGAUGGCUCUGCCUCUUAUGGGCAUCAUCCUGUGCUGAGAUCAUCAGUUGGCUUUCUGCCUCUUCAGUUUUGUUUCCAAUUGCUCUCUUACAGGACUCUGGAAGAAAAAGGCUAAGCAUGGCAUUUGCCCACUUCUGGAGUUAGGUGGUGGGGAGGGUUUUGCUUCAGUGCCCGAGCUACAUAUAUUUAAAUGUGGAUAUAUAGAUUUUUUUAUUUAAAAAUGCAUUAAAUUUAUGAUUUCACUUCAAAACCAUUUUUGUUUACGUUUAAAGUGCAAAGUGAUUCUGAUCAUAUUGCUGGAAAUCAGUAUCAACACUAUGCACUCUAAAGAAGAUAAGCUGAAUUUGUAUAGAUGUGUAAUAAAGUGGAAUUUGUCACUGAGGGUGGUAUCAAAUAUUAGGCAUUAUAACAGUUUAUCCACUGCCUUCACUGAACUUAAGUAUCUUUAGUCCAUUGACUGUAAAGGGGCUACCCUGAGUACAGUUGUACCUUGGAAUUCAAAUGGAAUCCGUUCUGGAAGUCUGUUUGACUUCCAAAGCAUGGCUUCUGAUUGGAUGCAGGAAGCUCCUGCAGCCAAUCAGAGGCUGUGGAAGCCCCGUCAGAUGUUCGGCCUCCAAAAAUAGUUUGCAAACUGGAACAGUCACUUCUGGGUUUGUGGCAUUCGGGAACUAAGCUGUUUGAAAACCAAGGUAUGACUGUAUGCCUAAGUAUUUAAGAACAAUACUAGAAGGUGCCUGGUAUAAUCUCACUACGACAAAUUAUAGUUCAUUCUUGCACUAACCCAAUCAUUGGUACAUUUUUCAUUUAGAAGAGAGGUUAGUUUUUUAAAAGCUGGCUGUAAAUGACCUUGUAGAACACUCUUGAGUUUUCUCAGUAACUUUCCGGAAAAAAUUAUAUUGCAUAAAACAUUUUCUUGCCUUCCUCUGCAAAACCUGCACUUUGACAAUCUAAUGGAGUUCCUCUAUUUUUAGCCCUCAUCACCCUUAAAACCUGGUUGAUAUUGUGGUGCCACAGAUACAGUAUGAUGUGAAUAGAACCUUGGACAGCAGUGGCUUACACAGACAGCGGGUGGUGAGGGGGGAGGGGAGAAACCAUCUCCAUUUCUUAAUUUAUUGUGUUUAUGUUGUGCCAGUAAAAAAAACAUUUAUUCAUUCUGUCUGGCAAGAUGUAACAGAAGGAACAGAUGCAUUCUGCCAUUAUAUUAUGUAGCUGCUACUAAAUAAAUUCAUAUUCCAAAUUAAGGCCUUUUUUAAAAAAGAAAGCAGAUGGGUUUUGUGCACGUAUUGAGUAUGGGAGAAACUCCUGCCUGUAACUCUGCAGAGCUGCUGCCAGUCUGUGUAGGAAGUACUUAAUUAGACCAAUGGUCUGACCUAGGAACAUAGGAAGCUGCGUUUACAAAGUCGUUGAAAACGUUGGCGUAAAGCUCAUCACAAAGUGUCAUAAGCUGCUCGUUCAAUGAGGUACCUAAACCCCCCAAGAGUCUUUUUUUGGAGGCUAUUACAGGUAAUACUUUGGGUUAUAAUGUCCGCUUUUCCAGUCGCAAAGAGUGGUUAUGCAUGUAGAAACAUCCCAAAAUUGGGGCUACUAGGAGUUACGUUUGACUCGUUGCAUGAAUUUUUAAACUGGCCCAAGGCUGUAAAGUAUUAAGUUUGCUUUGUUUACGUACAUGUGGUGGUUAUUUCCGUAGCAAAAAAUAUUUGAAAAAUUGGAUAUGACUUUGUCUGAAAUAUUGAUUUGGUUUUAGAUAGCAAAAUAAUGGUAAAUCUGGAACUGUGCUCCUGUUUGCUGACUCACUUUAGGACUGGAAUUCUAUGCAGUUAUACCCGGAAGAGAUGCAGGUGGCGCUGUGGUCUAAACCACAGAGCCUAGAGCUUGCCAGUCAGAAGGUCAGCGGUUCAAAUCCCCGUGACGGGGUGAGCUCCCAUUGCUCAGUCCCUGCUCUUGCCAACCUAGCAGUUCAAAAGCACAUCAAAGUGCAAGUAGAUAAAUAGGUACUGCUCUGGUGGGAAGGUAAACGGCGUUUCCGUGCGCUGCUCUGGUUCGCCAGAAGCAGCUUAGUCAUGCUGGCCACAUGACCCAGAUGCUGUCUGCAGACAAAUGCCGGCUCCCUCAGCCUACAGAGCAAAAUGAGCGUCGCAACCCUAGAGUCGUCCACGACUGGACUUAACGGUCAGGGGUCCCUUUACCUUUACCUUUAUACCCUGAAGAAUGGAGCUAGGUUGAUUGAACUCAGUGGGUCAUAUUUCGAACUAAAUAUAGUUAGGCUUUGGCUGUUAAAAUGGCAAACAUAAUUCUUAAAUAUCCUGCAUGUAGCUUAAUCUGUUUGUUUCCCCCCACUUUUCAGGCUCUGUUGAAAUAACAGAGGCAUAUCUUGUGAGAGACAUUUUAUACGUCUUCCAGGGAAUAGAUGGCAAAAUCAUCAAAAUGUUCAAUUCAGAGAACUGUUACAAAGUAGACGGAAAGGUACAGUAGAGAUCUUACACCUGUUUUAUAUAGAUAGUCUGCACACAGGGAGAGGGAGGGGAAACUGUUCAGUAUAUCCACUCUUUUCAAUUAUUCUUUUGCCUUGGUUUUAAUUUUGCUUUUUUUUAAAAUGUUUCUAUCAUUGUUGGCAUCUAAGGCAGUUGGCAGUAAACCAGUAACAUAAAAACAACAGAUAAAAAUCAGAAGUGCACUUAAUACACAGUUAAAUGGUAAAAGGAACAAUAAAAAAUAUCCCUAAAAGCAUUAUUAACAGCAAUAUUAUGAGCAGCAUUCUCAUCCCAUCCACCCCCAGCAAAAAGCCCCACAGUGAAUUAAAUCAUUACCAAACAAAAGCCCAAAAGAACAGACUUUGCCUGGUGUCUACAAGAUAGCAACAAUGUCCUUGGAAGGGCAUUGAACAUUUGGCCACAACCACAGAACCACCUGUUCCCAUACGAAUCUCUACAGCAGCCGAAAUUUAUCAGAGGCUUUUUUUCCAGGGAGUUUUAUCUGUGGAGUUUAGGAGGGUAGUUUAUAGAAAUACCCUGUUCUUCAGAUAGCCCUGUAUUUAAAAAGCUCACUUCAAGCUGUCAACCCACAUGAGUGAGAUACUUUUUUAAAAAAUUGAUUACUUAUACAUAAUCCAGUCAAGCAACAGUGUAUAGAGGGAAAUUGGAGGUAGCCUGAGGGAGAGAGUUUAGUUAUGAGUAUUUGAGAGAGGCAUUCCUUCUUUAAGGGUCAGUAUAUAAAAUGUGAGGAUUACUUCAGGAGCCACAAACGUAACUGAAGGCUGCUUCCCAUAGAAUGAUUUAUACUGAGUCAUGGGAAGUAGUUGAAAUCUACCCAUUUGGAGACAAUAGUGCUUUCUAGGAAUAAAAAGAAGAUAGAGAACCAAUAAUAAACUGGUCCAGGGAGCACAGGAGGCUGGCACAGGGAAUCUAGCCCUCCAGAUGUUGGACUUCUUCCUUGACCAUUGGUCAUGCUGCCUAGGGCUGAUGAGGGUUGGAGCCCAACAUCUGUAGGGCCACAUGAACCAUCCGGACUGACUUGUUUAAUUUGCUUAAAACAUUUUUACUCGACUCUUAAGGCAAAAAAGACUCUUAGAGCAACUUACAAAAUCUGUAAUAACACAAUUCAUAGCUGCAAGCUUACAAUUUAGAGAGCAGGACAAAAGUAGAGAAUCCAUUUUGAGUCUUGCCGUAACAGAUUUAUAGUGGAUAUGGAAAUAUCUGGCAUAAGACCUGAUUUGUUAUCAUGCCUGGUUCUGUUCCUCAUUUAGAAGUAACUGCUUAAUAGAAUAUUCUUUCUGUUGAAGAUCAACAAUACCGAAUGUGAUCAACACCUUGUCAGAUUCUAGUAGAAAAUUGGAUUUAUGCCUUACCUUGCUCAUUAGAGCUUGUUUCAUCCUACACUUAUUUAAUGCCAGUCUUCCAACUAUUUGUUCAUCAUUUAUUUCUUAACACUUUAGGUGAGCAUUUCCAAGUCUCUGAGAGAUACAACAAGCCGGCUUGCUGAAUUAGGGUGGCUGCAUAACAAAAUAAGAAAGUAUACUGACCAGAGGAGCGUGGAACGUGCAUUUGGAUUAGUGGGUCAGGUAUGUGGGCAAAACCCAGAAGUCUUCAAAAUAUUUGGUUUUGUUUAUUUUGUUUGUUGUUGUUGUUUUGCUUGACAGGAUGUUACUGGUGUGUCAGAUCUGUUGGUAUGGGAUGAGAGACCUGGCAAUAGGCAGGAAAUAACACUAGAACUUGUGGACCUCCAGUGAAGCGGAAUAUUGGAAUAUUGACGACAAAUAAAAGUAGUUCAUGCCACACACGGUUGAAUUAUGGAACUUGCUCCCACUGGAGGCAGUGAUGGCACCAACCUGGAUAGCUUUGAAAGAGGAUUAGGCAAAUUCAUGAAGAACAAGACUGUCAGUGGCUACUGUCCUCAAUUGUAAUGUUCUACCUCUGUUGUCAGGGACGUGGGUGGCGCUGUGGGUUAAACCACAGAGCCUAGGGCUUGCUGAUCAGAAGGUCGGCGGUUCGAAUCCCCGCGACGGGGUGAGCUCCCAUUGUUCGGUCCCAGCUCCUGCCCACCUAGCAGUUCGAAAGCACGCCAGUGCAAGUAGAUAAAUAGGGAAGGUAAACGGCGUUUCCGUGCGCUGCUCUGGUUCGCCAGAAGCGGCUUAGUCAUGCUGGCCACAUGACCCGGAAGCUGUACGCCGGCUCCCUCGGCCAAUAAAGUGAGAUGAGUGCCACAACCCCAGAGUCGGCCACAACUGGACCUAAUGGUCAGGGGUCCCUUUACCUUACCUCUAUUGUCAGAGGAAUCAUGCUUCUGAAUACCAGUUGAUGGAACCACAGGUGGGCAGAGUGCUAUUGCACUCAGCUUGCAGGCUGCCCACAGGCAUCUGGUUGGCCACUGUGAGAACAGAAUGCUGUACUAGAUAGCCAGCUGGCCUGAUCCAGCGGGUUCUUCAUCUCUUCUUAUUAUGCAGAAUGAGGCAACAGUCUCAGGUGCUGGGAUGGGGAGCAGAAGCACAUGGGGGAGGGUUUCUGGUGUGGAUCUUAAUGCACAGGUUGGUUUGUGCUGGGAGAGACGUUCUGUUAGGUAUUGUGGUCCCGAGCCAUAUAGUUUGAAACCCACACUUUGAAUUGGGCCAGAAAAUACAUAGGCAGCCGCUGCAGUUGGGCCAGAACAGUUUAUAUGUGGUGUGAUCAUCUGGGCCCAGUGGUUAUUCUGGCUGCUGCAACGGUGCAGUAGCUCCUGUUUCUGAAUGUCUUUAAAGGCAGCCCAUGUACAGCCUUAAUUGCAGUCAUUUUUGUUAUGGGUUUUAUUUGAGUUUAUUUUACCAGUUUCUCAUUUGGUUUGAUUUUGUAUUUUGUCCAGGACACUUACUAUCUCAUAGCUGUCAACUUUUCCCUUUUCUUGCGAGGAAUCCUAUUCGGAAUAAGGGAAUUUCCUUUAAAAAAAGGGAAACGUUGACAGCUAUGUACUAUCUGUACAUUUCCAAUGAAUGAACGCAGUUAUAGUUUAGUGGCAUAUUUUAUCUUAAUAACUCUGCAGGAGUUUUCUUUUUAUUAGUCACCCAGUGGCUCUUUAUACUCCCCACCCCAUUGAACUGAAACAUUUCAUGCCUCUUGGGAGUGCUUUUGUAUGACCUAUUGAAUUUCAAAGGUUAACUUGCUGUGAAGUUUAUCCAAAGACCCAAAAUCAGUGGUCAGGUUGUAUGCAAGUCAUUCAGAGCUCUUUAGAAUGUAUAUUAACUGAUGCCUUUUGUUCUUGUCUUACAGAGUUUUUGUGCUGCCUUAAACCAGGAACUCAAAGAAUACUACAGGCUACUGUCUGUUUUACACUCACAGGUAAAUAAUUACUUCUGUUUUUUUGCUUGAGUCCAACAAGUUAGUUGAAAAUAUGACUUUAUAAACUAUUUUCAUCUGUAACAGGCUUGUAAAAUAGCUACUCACUUGUGAAGAACAAGACCUGAUUCCAGGAUAGCACAUUUUUGUAACUUUGGCUCUUCUUUAUGUUUCCUAACAUACUCUAUAUGUUGCUUAUGUUGUUUUGCAUGGGCAAAUGAGCCUGCAACCCUUUUCCUUAUUUGAAAGUUUGCUAUGUAAUACUUCCCACGUAUUUAGCUAACAGAAAUGUUUGCAAAAUUAUGUUACAAUCAUACUGCUUUUACAGUAACACUGUUGAAACUUUAUGGUGAACUCUUACAAAAGAAUUUUUUUUUCUUUCAGAAUUUUCUCACUGUCCUGCCAUUCAUCAUUUUGUAUUUAUCUGCUCUUUGAUUUAUUUUCAAAUUAUAGCUUUCAGCUACCCUUCCCUUUCUUUAUAUUACAACUGUAACAUUUCUUUCAAUCUAAGCAUUAUUUUUUAAAAAUGCCAAAACAUAUUAGGCAUGUGUAUAUCUGGGGUUAGAAAUUAAAGCUUGUAGUAGAGGAAAGCUUGAAGGGCUUCUAUUAUUGAUUAAAUCUUCUUUGCCCCCUGUUGUUCUUAGUUGCAGGUAGAAGAUGAUCAAGGUGUAAAUUUGGGGAUUGAGAGUAGUUUAACACUUCGGCGUCUCUUAGUUUGGACAUACGAUCCUAAGAUAAGAUUGAAGACACUUGCAGCACUUGUUGACCACUGUCAAGGUUUGUCGGUAGAUAUUUACAGCUACACACGGUGUGAAAAUGAAUGUUAAAAUGGUAGGAGCUCUUCCGCUUUGAAAUAUGAUUUCCAGGAAAUUGCAUUAAUAGUAUUACUAUUGGGAGGGGUGUGUGUGUGCAGAAAUGGAUGAGUCCAAGAACCUUUACAUGUAGAUAUCAUUCCAGUGGAUAUAGAUGGAGUUAACUUACUGUUCAAAUAAUGCCAUUUAUCUCUGUAGCUGAAAGCACUGCAUGCAUUCAUCAUAACUUCUUUUUACUACGUAUAAUUACCCUUAUGGUGGCAAUAUUGUUUUGCAUCUCAUAUAUUUUGCAUUUAAAAGUGAGAUUAUUACAUGGUUGAUUUAAGACUGUUCAUCUCUAUUAGUGACUGAGGGAGUAUUUUGGUAAUCGGUAUAAGCUUUAAAGGCAGGCACUGGAUGAGUGCUCAUAAUCUCUCAUGUUUAAGGCAUGGGCUUUGGGAAUACAUGCUUCCUGCCUUCCCCUUCUAGCCUGGACUGUAACUACAUGUUAUGGUGGCUUCCACCGGAAAACAGCCACAUUUGCUUGUUUGGGACCCUGAAGGAGCUCCCUCCCACAACUGUCUCUGCAGGCAGGCAAGGUUAAAAAGUACUGAAGUCUUGGUUCACCUUACCUUUCCCUGCCAUCCUGAGAAAUAGAAUGCCUAGCUUCUGGCUACCAGGUACGAUGCCAUAACCCCUUUCUUCCAACAAAGAACUAUGGCUGUUGAAGGCAGCAUGUGUUCCUGUGAUCUGCUGUUAACCAUAGUUAAGGCCGCUGGCCCUAGGAAAGAUUGUUUAGCAGAAUACAGAAGCUAUCCUCACUUAACCUCACAAGAUGUAGAUUGCUCUCAAAAUUUUAAAGGAAGUGUGUUUAGUUUCCAUUUCCAUUUUCCCUUUUUUGUAUUCUGUCUAUAAGACGCCCCCAUGUAUAAGAUGCCCCCUAUUUUUGGGGACUCAGAUUUAAGAAAAUGGGGGAAGAUAUAUCUGUGUAUAAGACGCCCCCUAAUUUUUUGACAUUUUUAGGGAGAAAACCUAGUUUUAAACAUGGAAAAAUAUGGUAUAUGCAUUUUUGCUUGCAGCCUGCCCUUCCCAGAGAUCCAGGUGACAAACCUGCCAACCCCAUCUUUAUGAUGGGGAAGAUGCCAGCGUAUUAUUUUUUUCCUCCCUGUCUGUUAGGAUAGUUGAAGAUAGGGAGAGGCACUCUAGUUGCUUCUUUGACCCCUUAUUAAAAGUAUGGAGGCAGGGGGCAUAUUUUCAUUCUGCAGCACAGGUGAGGAACCUGUGGCCCUCCAACUAUUGUGGAAUUACAACUCCCAUCAACCCCAACCAGCACAGUUAAGGGUCAGAGGUGAUGGGAAUUGGAGUCCAACAACAUCUGGAGGGCCACAUGUUUCCUACCACUGCUCUAUAGCAUUUGGGGGGGAUACCCUGGCCAGUGGCUACUUCAUCAUGCUAUCAGAUCCACUUUCUCACUCAGUCCAGAAGCUCUCUAGAGGAACCAAAGAGCUGCCUUUCCAUUCCCUGUCUUCCCAUGUGGAUGAAAUAAUUAUGAAGCAUUUCCCGCUCUAAAGAAGGCUCUAAUGAAGUAGACAUUAGUGCUCUGCUUCUUGUGCUCUGUGCGCUAUUUUUACUUGUAGCUAUGGCAAUCCCUUAGCAAUUUUGGUGCUCUUCCAACUUCUCUGAACUCUCGCAAAAGGAAUAUUAGGCACAAUGGUAAAUUUGCCUUUGAAGAACGCUCUUCAAACGCCAGAUAGCUGCUUUGUAAUGAAAUUUGGUGUAUGACAAAGCUGCAGAUGUAGCAUUAGUUUUCCAGGUAGGUGAAAAUGUAUGUUUAAGUUUUCCUCUGUGUGUCAUGUUUCUCCAGGAAGAAAAGGUGGUGAACUUGCAUCAGCUGUUCAUGCCUACAGUAAAACAGGUGACCCCUACAUGAGAUCCCUGGUGCAGCAUAUUCUUGGCCUUGUGUCGCAUCCUGUCUUGAAUUUCCUUUAUCGUUGGAUUUAUGAUGGGGAAUUGGAGGACACCUACCAUGAAGUAAGUUCUAUAAACUGUUCACUAACAUGAGGUCUGCUUUCUGUUUCCCAUUUUGUGUAAAACUAAGCCGCUGAAACACUUCUUUCACAAUUGUGGAACUGAACUGUAGAAAAUUAAGAGGAGACAUGACUAGGCAGAAAAAGUUAACAUUUAUACUGGAAAUAGAGUUGCAUGUGAAGAUCUUGUACAUCACUUCAGUUUGGACACUGUGGCCAGAAUCCAAAGAACCAUGGGGUUAGUUUGGUGUGUCCAGUUCUUUGUGCUUGCAAAACAAGAGUCCAGUGGUAACAAAGGGACGCAGGUGGCGCUGUUGUCUAAACCACUGAAUCUCUUGGGCUUGCUAAUCAGAAGGUUGGCGGUUUGAAUCUGCACAAUGGGGUGAGUUCCCAUGGCUCUGUCCCAGCUUCUGCCAACAGUUUGAAAGCACACCACUGCAGGUAGAUAAAUAGGUACCGCUGCAGUGGGAAGGUAAACGGCGUUUCCAUGUGCUCUGGCACUCGUCACGGUCUUCCGUGUGCCAGUAGCAGUUUAGUCAUGCUGGCCACAUGACCCGGAAAGCUGUCUGCAGACAAAUGCCAACUUCCUUGGCCUGAAAAGUGAGAUGAGCACCGCAACCCCAUAGUUGCCUUUGACUGGACUGAACCACCCAGGGGUCCCUUACCUUACCUUACCUUACCAGUAGUAAAAUAUCACAGGUAGAACAUGCAUUUUGUUUCAUUCUUAACUAUGCCAGCAUUUCUUAAUGGCCUGGUGUUAAAUCUUUGGUGAAGUAGCAAAUAAGUGGUCAGGAUUGACUAUACCAGCUGACUAGGAGCAGUGUAGUAAGUCACAUGUCAUUGCUUUGGGCUGAAGCAUUCAUUCCCACAUAAAUCUGGUAAAGAAGAGCCAGCCAUAGAUUUGAGAUGUGACUUCAGUUUAUGCCCAGGCCAGACUAGACUUAGAUGAUCAUUUUACCCUGUACUGCUUUUUUUGCAUCAGUGAGAUCAGUUUUUACAAUAUAAACUUCUUUGGAACUUUUAUCAACAAAAUAAACUUAUAUGAGUUGUAUAAAUCCCUUGGGUGAAAGCCCCAAUAAACUCUACUGUAGUGACUAUAUUCUAGCGAAUACGACCCCUACAAUAAGCUUGUCAUAUAGCGCCUUUAGAAAAAAGAGAGGUUAAUUACAAUGGGGCAUAUGAAUGUGUGGGUUCCCCUCCAUCAUAUCCUAGCACUUACCCUCUGGGAUACUGAUUGCCUUUGUAAACAAGCUCUUAAUUUCCCCGUAAGAAAAUCACCCUUUUUAUCUGUUGGUUGGAAGGCCUUGGCAUUUGUUCAUCAGUUAGAUUGUACCAUGAUUUCCCAUUUCUCCUGCACUCCUUUCUAUACAAGAUAUAAUAACAAAACUCAAAGAACCUUGAAUGGGUACAGUGAAUCAAUAAAAUAAUUAUAUUGCAAUUAUGUUCUGACCUUGGUUUCCUUCACCCUUCCCAAGAUCUCGUUUUCACGGGAUUAAUUAUAAAAUGCUCUUCUCUCUCUUUGUAUUUUUUACUAGAUGUUUUCUAAAUACAUUAAUUGCAUGUUACUUUGCCCUGGUUAUAAAAUGAGGGCUUUUAUAACUCCCAAAGAUGAUUGAAUUGUCUGAUGGAUUUUGAAAUUAUAUUUUUCUCAUUAAUACUCCAAUUAAAGCUCUAUGCCAGUUGCCAAAGGGUAACAUGGUAUGGUAAUAAAUUUAAGAAGCUGAUUUUUUGAUUAUUAUUUUUUAAAAAUGCAUGUUAUAUCUGCUUUUUUAUAUUAAUGCAUUAGUAUUGUUUUCUAGCAUAGUUGUCAUGUUUUCAAGUUUUACAUCUGGUUUCUAGGGCACUUUUGAAUGAAUCUACCCCUGUUCUCUUCCCCAUUGCCUCCAUGCAUACCUUGUUUGCACCUGGAACAUAACAGCUGAACAAGGAAAUGUCACAUUUACUCAUGCAGUUGGCAUUAUAUACAGUUCUACCUAGGGUUACAUACGCUUCAGGUUACAUACGCUUCAGGUUACAGACUCUGCUAACCCAGAAAUAGUGCUUCAGGUUAAGAACUUUGCUUCAGGAUAAGAACAGAAAUCGUGCUCUGGUGGCACGGCGGCAGCAGGAGGCCCCAUUAGCUAAAGUGGUGCUUCAGGUUAAGAACAGUUUCAGGUUAAGAACAGGCCUCCAGAACGAAUUAAGUACUUAACCCGAGGUACCACUGUAAUGAGCUGUAUUGGAAGUGCUGUUAUAGCGAAGUCAUUGCUGUGCCAUUCUUAUGUGACUAAUGUAUUUUGGUUCAGAUUGCACUGUAUCACACUGCUAAAUGAUUUUAGCAUAUGCCACCUUCAGUAAACAACUCUGAGACACUUGAUCCACUCUAUGUUUCAGAUCCAUGUGUUUCAGUAUCAAAAUGCUGCUGACCUGAAACAGUGGGGUGCAAUGAACUUACAAAUUAUUUUAAAGUGCAUUAGUAGCUUAUAGCUAGCAGGUUGCUUAGGUGAAUUUUCUUGGUGGGUCUUAAAAGACUGGUUAUUGUCUAUACUGUGGUUCACGUUUAAUUGUACGUAUUAGAACAAACAGCUGGUGGUGUUUUAUACAUUAUGCACAUAACAUCCCAGCUGAUACUAUUCCUGAUAGCUUUCGAAAAGGAAGGUUUCUGUCUCUACCUAAGUGAUGUCUCUCUGAUUCUCUGUCUUAAAAUGUAUACAUAACACAUGCUUUUUUAAAAAAAAAUUAAGUAUUUUUAAAUUUUGUGUUCACAGUUCUUUGUAGCUUCAGAUCCCGCAGUGAAAACAGAUCGGUUGUGGCACGACAAAUACACAUUGCGGAAGUCCAUGAUUCCUUCUUUUAUUACAAUGGAUCACUCAAGAAAGGUAUGAAGGAAAAGGACUUUCCCCCUUAUUUCUAGAUCAACCUUUUCAGCUAUUAAUAACAGACAUACAAGUGCAGAGGGGACCAUUCUUUGUACUUUAGACAUAAGUAUGACUCCAGACAGGGGCACAGUGAAUCAGAAUUCAUACAAAUAGACCUUUCUUAGCACUCAGUCAGUCAUGUUAUUUGUAUAUUGUACUGCUUUUCCAAAGUUGAAAACCAUGAUCACGGUAGCUUGCUGUAUAAAAAAUUAUGUAUAGACAUGACAAAAGUAAUCAUAACAAUGAAUAAAACAUCAGAAAGUACAGAAUUAAAUCGAACUAUUUCCACAUAGAAUCAUAGAGUUGGAAGAGACCACAAGGGCCAUCGAGUCCAACCCCCUGCCAAGCAGGAAACACCAUCAAAGCACUCCUGACAUAUGGUUGUCAAGCCUCUGCUUAAAGACCUCCAAAGAAGGAGACUCCACCACACUCCUUGGCAGCAAAUUCCGCUGUCAAACAGCUCUUACUGUCAGGAAGUUCUUCCUAAUGUUUAGGUGGAAUCUUCUUUCUUGUAGUUUGGAUCCAUUGCUCCGUGUCCGCUUCUCUGGAGCAGCAGAAAACAACCUUUCUCCCUCCUCUAUGUGACAUCCUUUUAUAUAUUUGAACAUGGCUAUCAUAUCACCCCUUAACCUCCUCUUCUCCAGACUAAACAUGCCCAGCUCCCUUAGCCGUUCCUCAUAAGGCAUCGUUUCCAGGCCUUUGACCAUUUUGGUUGCCCUCCUCUGGGCAUGUUCCAGUUUGUCAGUGUCCUUCUUGAACUGUGGUGCCCAGAACUGGACACAGUACUCCAGGUGAGGUCUGACCAGAGCAGAAUACAGUGGCACUAUUACUUCCCUUGAUCUAGAUGCUAUACUCCUAUUGAUGCAGCCCAGAAUUGCAUUGGCUUAAACCAUAAGAAGAUACAAAAUAAAGAUACAAAAUUAAUAUAAAUAAUAAGAACAACACACCUCCACAACAAAGCCACCUAAACUAUAAAGCAGCCCAAAAGUCUCUUCAGCAGCCUCAGCUUUUGUAGCUGGAGUCAGUAAGGGCCCCACCCUCCUAGGCCAGGUGGAAAAAAUCCUGCAAGGCCUGGAGCAGGUCUUCACAGGACUCACACCCAUGUAUCAUUUCUUAUGGUAAAUUAUCAGAUGAUCUCUGUGUUGGCAAGAAACUAACCCCUAAACUGAGCUGAAUGCUCCUGACUGUUGCUGACUUUGCUGUGGGCCUCCUUCAUGGCUGCCUUUAACACUAGUGGGCCGAUAUGAUAGGUGCUUCUCCUCACCUGUGAUUUCCGUCAGAAUAUUUCAAAUAUCUCUCAGUCUAGAAAACACAGUUGGAAUGCACAGCGGUUCUUUUGAAUAUGAUUUGUUUUAAUAUCUGCCUUGGUUUGGUUUUUACAUGCUGGUGAAAGCAAGCAGGGAUAGCCUAGCCAUGGUGAUCCCACAAACCUCUCAGAUGGAUUACCAUAAUAUGUGGGGUUGUCCUUAAAGAUGACCUGCAGAACUCGGCUGCCAGAAUAUUGAUGAGUGCAACCAGAGUUGUUCAUGUUUAUGCCUAUCAUGAGAGAUCUGCAUUGGCUGCUUGUUCAGUUUUGAACUAAGUUUAAGGUGCUGGUGCUUAUCUUGGAACAGCCCUAAAUGGCUUGGAACCCAUAUACAUGCGGGAAGCACGUUCGCAACCCGCAGUGCCCGCAGCACUGCAUCUGCGCAUACGCAGGUUGUGUUUCGGUGCUUCUGCGCAUGCGCAAAGCGCUGAAACCCAGAAGUAACCCGUUCCAGUACUUGCGGGUUUGGCGCGAUGCACAACCCGAAGCAUCUGUAACCUGAGGUAUGACUGUACCUGAAACAGCACCUCUUCCCAUACUAGCCUAUCUGUGGCUUAAGAUCUCCUGCAGUGGCCAUGCACCAAGUAUCCUCUUCAUAAGAGGCAUAUUGCACUUCCACAAAAGAGGAGCCUUUUCUGCAAUGGUCCCUUGACUUUAGAAUGCCCUUUGGACGCCAACAGGACAAGCUUUUCAGCUUGCUCAGGCAUUCUAGAUUCAGGUGAUUUUUGGACUUUUGUCCUCUUCUGCUUUUUAGGGUCUCUCCCCCCCCCCCUCCAGGUUUUCAAUUCACUUUUUGUAAGUUUGCAUUAUGUUUAUUUGUUGGGUGUAAAUUGUAUUUAUACAUUGUGUGAACAUUAGUCACAACUGUCCUUGAAUCUUUUGAUGAAGGACAGUUGAGAAAUAAAAAUAGUGUGCUAUUUAUUUAUGCUGACUUAGUAAGUGAAAUAUACUUGCUGAAAAUGUACUGUUUCUCUUUAUAAAACCUUUAAAGAAUAACUUCUGAAGAUGCCUUGCAUUUAUAUUUAGGUUCUCCUAAUAGGAAAAUCCAUAAACUUCUUGCAUCAGGUUUGUCAUGACCAAAGUCCAUCAUCAAAGAUGAUAGCUGCGGCCAAAUCUGCAGAAUCUCCAAAAGAUGGUAUGAAAUUAGAAUAAGAGUAUUGUAUCAUUAUGCACUUUGAGUGUCACAUAACAGAAUACCUGCUUUGUUUGUACACAUCACUCUAGAAGAACCACAUUAGCCUUGUUGAUUUUGCAAAUAAUCUCUGCCUGAAACUAUACGAAGUUCAAAUGUGGGAGCUUUGUGGGGUGGGAUCUUUGGCCAAUGCACUGAGUAAACACUAUCUUUGCAGUCUACAUGGAAUCUGUGAAAGAACCUUUAGUAUUCCUGCCAACUUGGAUGGCAACCCUUGGAUAAUUGUAGGAUGUAUGUAGGAAGUGCAGCCUUUAUGGGAGAAAAGAGUGAUACCUGUUUGUAAAACCCCAAUAUUGCAUCGUACCACCUUUGAGGGGAGCUGUUUUUUGCACUUCUGGUAUUGUACAUCUACAUGUAGGAUGAUUCCAUGUGGGCAUAUGAAGUUGUUAGUACAAAUGACCACUUCCCCAUUGCAUUGUGACUGUUACUGUUAAAAUAUAAUCAUGUGAUGACUCCUACUGGGCAAUUCAGUUUGAUGCAGAUUCCACCAAGUGGCAUCUGAAAAAUAUACCAUGUUCUAGGAAGAACUUGUAUCUUGCUUUUUCGUAAGUCUCCUCAAAUCUCUUCCUAACUUCUUAUUUACAUUUAAUUGUUUAAUUUGCACUAAAGCAUUUUAGGGUAUGCUUAUAAGAAAUGUGGCAUUUGAUAAGCACUACUUGGCCAGAACUUAGUGUCCAUACUUUGAUUAUACCUUGCUUCUAAAUGCAGCCACAUGAUUUAUAAUGUUCUGGUGUAGUGGUAGGUCGGUCUUUUUGUUCAGACAUUGCUUGUUAGUUCAAGAAAGUCUUUGAGAUAAGCUGCUAAUAAUAGAAUUUUUAUUUGUCCGAUAAACAUCUUCGGUACUUGAUGAAAAAUAUAAGCAUUUAUUAAAAUGAAUCGUGUAUUUUAAAAAGUCAGUUGCUCUUUCAACAUUCCUUCAGCUUUCCUUUGCAGUGUCUAGUUUUUUUUAAAAGAAAAUAAUAAUUUUGUGUUUACAUUUUUACCAAUUUAAGCUGCAAUCUACACCCUCACCUGAAGUAAGUCCCACUGAAAUCAAUGGGGCUUUUCUGUAGACUGGUACAGGAUGGCACGGGUAAUAACUAUUGCCUCAGUUCAGUUGUAGUCAUGCUUUGCUGUUUGCAACAAAUAGAGAUGUGCAGUUCUAUGUGGUCAAAUGAGAUCUGCUCUUUUGCCUCUACAUCUGCUUGGGCAGAUACCCCUUUAGCUAGCUUUAAGAAAUAGUGAGUUAUAUAAUGAAUUGAGAGUGCAUAGAUCUUAAUAUUCCAUUAGGUGGACGUUUUCUAGCCUUAAUUACAUUAAUUUAGUAGCUUUUAAAAGUGAGCUUGAUAAAAAGAGAGCAAUGUUUUUCACAAAGAUAAUGACUGAUUUUGCUUUGUUGUGGUCACCUUCUUAGACUGCAAUCUUUUGUAAGCUUACCUGGAAGCAAACCCCUUUGAGCACAGUGGCACUUACUUGUGGCUAGAUUAUGCUGCACAUCUAGUCCAUCUCUUUAUUCUUGGCUUCCUCCUAUGGUUUGUUUGAAGAGAAGCAAACCAUGAGUGCUGGUUUGCACGUAAUGCUAAACCACUGCUGUGGCUUGUUUCCUUCCAGCUUAGCAAAAGGAAGAGCUGGGGGGGCACAAUCUGAGUAGGGUGCACUAGCAUUAGUAUUGCAAAGCUACCUCUAAAAUGUUUCUUACAGUUUAAGAAUAUGAAGUAGUUACUGUAGCUUUUGUGUUGAUAGAAUAUUUUAUUUCAGAAGAUAACGCAUUCUGAAAAUUCUGCAUUUAGGACCCUAUAAAAUUCAGGUGUAUCCUAUCCCUUCCCAUUCCCUAGCAAGCCAUGGUAUUACUGAACUAAUGUGUAGAAACUCAAGUCAAUUAUGUGUUUUCAGAGGUGAAAUUUAGUAAUUGUACACUGCUCUCAUUUAAUUAUUUAUAUAUAUAUAUAUAUUAAAAGAGUACAUAUCUGCAGUCUUGGUAACCAUUUUCUUCUUCUUGUAACAGCUGCUGAAAUGUUCACAGAUUUGGAAAACGCAUUUCAGGGAAAAAUAGAUGCUGCAUAUUUUGAGACUAGCAAAUACUUGCUAGAUGUUCUCAAUAAAAAGUACAAUUUACUGGAGCACAUGCAGGCCAUGAGGCGCUACUUACUUCUCGGUCAAGGAGAUUUUAUCAGGCACUUAAUGGACUUGCUUAAGUAAGUGAAUGUGGAUUGUAAUGUUAUUGAAUUUAAAUGUUUGUACUGGAAGAGAAGAUUGAUUGAAAUCCAAAAUAGGGUUUUGUUAAGCCUCUGGUCCAACAAUAAAACUUAUGAUUAAAAUACAAAUGUACUUUAUUGCUUCUAUUAAUAUGUUCAGUGUUGUGUUAUGCUGCUUUAGGUUCAGUAUAUAGUAUUAACAAAGCUAUGCUUUAGCUUUUAUAUUGGGUAAUAUUUGGUUCUUUCAGGUUCUAAGUGGAACAGAAUUGCCAGAUGUUGAAAAACACUGCUCUUCCACAAAUAAAUGGUAUUGCUAGUGUUGUGUCCAACAAAGCCAUUCCAAUGGGACUUCCCCUCCCUCUCUUCUCCCUUCACACCCAAAUCUGCUCUGGGUGGUUAGGGUUUGGGGGUGCAUGGGGGAGAGGUUGGGGAAGUUCCACUGCCCAAGCAGAAGUCCUUGCACUAAUGGAAUAGCUGUUGGGUGCAACCUAUAAUCUUGAAUUCUACAUAUGAUAUUGGGCUGGUUCCCAUGUCACAUUGAGCCACAGUGAGAAACAAACCAUGGCUUGCCAUGAGUGAGCAGUGUCCUGUUGUAUGCUGCUCAAUUCUUCCUGUUAAACGAUUGACGGUUUUUGACUGAGGACUGCUUGACUGUUAAGGAGCAAUUGAGCAGCAUGCAAGGACACCCUUAUUAUUCACUAUAAGCCAUGGCUUAUUUCUACUUAGUUUACCAUGACAUAUGAACCAGUUCAUUAAAUGUAUAAUCUGUUCUUAAACCAUGUCCAUGCUUAAUGGCCCCAAAUUUAAUGACUGUAAACAUUAUGCAACAAGACUUUUAUGCACACAUACAUGAGGGUGGAGAACAGGUGUAAUCUAUUGCUUGACUUACUUAGCCUCAGACAUAGUUGGCAGCAUAUUACAACUUUUGAAGGGCUGGGAUGGGUUCUGCUCUUAUCUCCUUCUCCCAUUUCCCUUUCUAUUGUGUCCUAUCUUAUUUAGGAUUACCAUCAUUUUUAUAACAGCACAAAUCCUUUCAGUUUUUCAGUUAUUUCAAUGUGCAGGUGACUAAAUACACACAAAGGAGAUAGCUCAGUCAGUAGAGCAUUAGACUAUUAAUAUCAGGGUCGUGGGUUUGAACCCCACAUUGGGCAAAACUUUCCUGCAAUCCAUCUCUACAAUUCUGCGAUUGCUGGAAAUAUUUUUGCUCUUUGCAGAGCAGUCAUUUUAGUUUUUGUGUUCAUUGUGUAUGAGCAUGGCAACAGCAUCUCUGACUUGCAUCUUCUAUGUGCCUGACCUCCCAUCUGUUGGUUGAAUGUGUGCAUAGUGUUCAGCUCCAGUUGCAUUUUUAGAGUCUUGUGUGCAUACGUUUAAUUGAUGUUGUGUCACAGUUGCGGUGUCCCUCCCCAACCCCACAAACAGAGUUUAUCUGUUGAAUAGGCUAAGGCCGAUGAAGGGCAGGGCUCAAGACUACCAGUGGGUAUCUCAUUUUGUGUGAGCUGGCCUGUUUGUUGGAGAGGUAAUGGGUUGCGCCCACUGUUCUGGAGAAACAGUAGCGAAGCCAUAGACUUAUAACUUAAAGUUGGUACUUUGCAUUAUUGUACAAUCCCCAACCUUCAGCUUUUCCAGUUCUCUUUGUCUCAUUCCACCUAUAGGCUAAUCUAGAAGUACUAGGGACCUAAAUUCAGAUUUGCUUGGGCUUUAACUAUUCAGUAGCCGCUGCCACUGAAUAACAUUCUGAUCAGCAGAAAGUGAAGACUGACCUUUGAUGAACAUAUCAAAAUAUAUUCAUCUUAAAUGUGCACUUAAAUCUACAGCUUUUAAACUUAGAUCCUGUAUUUAACAUCAAACCCCCACAUCUGCCUCCCUUGGUGCCAGUAUUUUUUAAAAGCAUAUUGGGCUUUCCCUUAGGAUGGGGUUUUUAAAGUAUAAAGGCAGGCUUCCUGCAUGUCGUCGCAUUCCUUUCCCCCACCAUAAUGCUGAUUUUUCAUUACAAAAGAGUCCAUUUACUUGCCAGACAUCAAAGAGAUGUCUGUUUGUCCAAGAGCUGAAUUGAUGUAGCAUCUCUGCACUAAAGUGCAGCAGCAUAAUGAUGAGACGUGAAAUCAGUACGCUUUGGUGCGUCAAGCAGCGAAGGGGCAUGUUUUAGUGCAAAGAAAUAUCUUUUGACGUGGAAUUUUAAAUUUACUGUUUCAAGUUUAUCGAGAACAUUAGCUUAGAACCCUCCAUUUUCUUUGGUGAUAGAAUUUAAACUGAAAUGCCCAAGUUAGAAUUUUGAGAGAUUCUGCUUUCAUUUUAUUACUCUUUUGAAAUGCUUUUAGAACUUAGGGUUGUUGACCAAAUCUUGACAUCGUUACUGCAGUUUUUGGUCUAAACAGUGGUUGUUUCUCAAAUAUUCAGACAGAGGCAGUUGUUCUGAAACUAAAGCCACUUUCCUAUCAAUGCUCCCUCAAGCUUAACCUUCUUCUUUCCCCACCCCAAAUUUAGUUAUCCGCAUUUGCACAAAACCUUGUCAGCUUAAUUAUGGGAAGUUCUUUAAAUAAGAAAACUGUUUUUAAAAAAUAAAAUAAAAUUGGUUGCCUCCUAUCCAAAAGGAUAUUACUGAAUAGAAAAACCAUGAUGGACAUGAGUAUAGUGGUACCUUGGUUCUCAAAUUUAAUCCAUUCUGGAAGUCCGUUUGACUCCCAAAACCAUUCAAAAACCAAGGUGCGGCUUCCAAUUGGCUGCAGGAACUACUUCCUGCGCUCAUUUGGAAGCCAUGGAAGCCGUGUCACAUGAUCAGCUUCUGAAAAAUGUUUACAAACCGGAACACUCCUGGGUUUGCAGUAUUUGGGAGCUGAUUUGUCCGGGAGCCAAGCCGUUCAACUACCAAGGUACCACUGUACUACUGAGUUGGGUGAGUUGUGACAUUGUGGCCUGGUGAGGAGUCCUCCAGAGUUGCUCGCAAGUCUAACAACCCACCUCUUCCGAAUCCGGAAAACAUAGGAACAUACGACUUAGGAAGAUGCUUUAUAUACCAUGUCAGACCAUGUGUCCACCUAGCUCAGUGUUGCCUACACGAACUGGCAGUGUCUCUCCAGGGUUUCUGAGACGGGGCAUUCCCAUCCCUACCAGGAAUGCUGAGGAUUGAAUCUGACAAGGCAGAUGCUCCAGCACUGAGCAGCUGCCCAUGCCCUGAAAAGUUGUGUGAAUUGACUCUGUUUGAGAAGGUUGCUAAGGGGUGUGCAGCUGUAGCUAAAAUGUCAUACUGGUCCCUGGCUCAUAGGAGCACAGGUAUAUCGUGCAGGGUCAUUUUUGUGUGUGGAAAUUCUCAGCUUAAAUACUCGUAAUUACACACAAACACACACACAUACUUGAUAGCUCACUGUUUGGAAAGGAUAAUCUGUUCACUAUUGUGUGGGCUCAAAAUAUAUUGCAUAGUUAGUCCAUUGCGCCUGCAGCUAGAUGACAACUGGGCUAUUAUGUAAAUUGUGUAUCUAUCUUUCCAUUUAUCUCCCUUUUAUUAUUUUAGGCCAGAGCUUGCGAGACCAGCUACCACUUUGUAUCAGCAUAAUCUGACAGGAAUCCUGGAAACAGCUGUCAGGGCAACAAAUGCACAGUUUGAUAACCCUGAGAUCCUCAAACGCUUGGAUGUCAGACUUUUGGAGGUACUUUAAAACAACAACAACAAAAAACCACUUUAGCAUUUUACGAGAAUAUUGGUUUGUUUUAAUUUUUUUUUAAUUGCUAACAGCAUCUGAGGUCAGCAUUGGAAAAUAGCAUUGUCUUGUCUUGCACACAAAAUCUGAUUUUCUCAUCUGUCAGUGUAGUUCUUAACUAUUAUUUCUCUGAAAAGGAGCUUUGGUUUUUUAUUUAUUUAUUUAUUUGUUUGUUUUGUUUAUGGCAUUUGAGUGCCGCUCCACAAUGCAAGGCUUUCUGUGCAGUUUACAAUGGCAACAGUGCGCUCUUUUGUUGGUUAUAGAUAGAUUACACUUAUAGCUAUGUGUGUUUAUAAAAAUUAAGGCAACGGUCCAGUUUUAUUUAUUUAAAAUAUUUUUUUUUAACCCUGCUCUUCAACCGAAAAAGGCUCCCACAACUUCUUACAAAUGUCUGUGAUAAGACUGUUCCUGUCCUCAGGCUUACAAUCUAAAAGACAUGACACAAAAGGAAAGGGGGCUGUGGUGGGGAACGGAAAAAGCAAACUCAGGCACUUUAUCUUUGUUACAGAGUUCUUGUAAAUGACUAGGUAGAAUGGAAAGAUUUCAAGAAGAGAAGGAGUCAGGCGCUGCUCAUUAAGAAAGCAGAUGAAGAGGCCCUGCUGUUCCCUAUCUGUCCCUUGCCCAUAGCCUGAUGGAAUAGCUGCUGAUGGCAGUUGAAGAAGGAACUUAGAUGUAGCCCCUCUUUCAUUAAAACUGAUGGAGAGGUCUUUCGCUCUCAUGUCUUUCCAUCUGCAGCCUGGUGGAAUGUGUGCUGAUCAGUAUAGGUUCAGCAUACCUAAGCCACCUUAUUUCAGGGGUCAGAAGUGUGCUUCAUUCUAGAUUAUGGUUAUAGUGCCACUGAACUUACCCUGAUGCAGUCCUUUCAAGGAGGUGAUGAGCUGUUGUACUAUCCCACUUAGUACUAGGGAGGACAUGGUUCUCUCAUGUUUAUGUGUGCUUCUCCCUGCUGAACUGGAUAUACAGUUGACAACACAGUGGUACCUUGGUUUAAGAACAGCCCUGUUAUGAACUACAGUCAUACCUCGGGUUACAGACACUUCAGGUUGCGUUUUUUCGGGUUACGGACCGCCGAAACCCAGAAGUACUGGAACGGGUUACUUCUGGGUUUCGGCGGUCGUGCAUGCACUGAAGCGCUAAAUCGCAACCCGCGCGUGCGCAGACACACCGCUGCGGGUUGCGAACGUGCAUCCCGCAUGGAUCAUGUUUGCAACCUGAGUGUCCACUGUAUUGGUUUACAAACCCCGCAAAACCGGAAAUAAUGUCCUGGUUUGAGAACUUUACCUCAGUCUAAGAACGGAAUCCAAACAGUGAAAGGGCACCGGCGGCGGGAGGCCUCAUUAGUGAAAGCAUGCCUCGGUUUAAGAACGGUUUUGGUUUAAAAAUGGACUUCCAGAAUGAAUUAAGUUUGUAAACCAAGGUACCACUGUUCCUAGAAAGGGUUUCUAUGGGACCUCCCAUACCCUGUGUGCUGAUAAACAUGGUAUCUCCCAAUUUCAGACUUGCAUUCUGUGCCCAAUAAGAAAGUAUGGGGAGGGGGGAAUCCCUCCCAACCAUUUUUGAUUGAGUAAAGUAAAACAGGGUCAUUCCUAAUAGCUAAAUAACUAUUGGAAAACAGCUAAAUAACAAUAUAUGUGAUUUGGUUAAAUGCUGAUAAUUCUUUUUAAGGUGUCUCCUGGUGAUACUGGUUGGGAUGUUUUCAGCUUAGACUAUCAUGUUGACGGACCGAUUGCAACAGUAAGGAUAUAUGUAUAUUUCUAUAUCUCUGGCUCUAUAUCUAUAUCUAUAUCUAUCUCAGUUUGUCAAUUUUCACCCCCACCCCCACUUACUUCACUUAAAUACUUUGUUACUAAAAUAGCCUUUGUACUUUUAGCAUUGCAUGAUUAAAGAGACUGCUUGGUAUCUUGGAUGUACCCAUUGUAUUAAGAGUACAGCCAAACUCUCAAUUUUCCUAAAUUAUUAAUGAGUGUUAAAAUGCUACAUUUUAAGACUUUCAUUAUUUGAAAUAAAUAAUUCAUUUGUUCUGUCGGAGAUUUUUAGAAAGUACUUAAUAAAUGGAUUUUCAUUUUCAUCCAUUAUUCUGAAACUGUAGCAACUAAUUUGGGAUAAUUUGCAAGAACUGUGAGAUGUAUUUUAGGGGAACCUAUUUGUACUCUUUAAAUAAAAUCUGAUGUGUAGCAUUCAUUAAAACAGAUGAGAAAAUAGCAGCACUAUUGUUCAGAAUGCUUUUACUAUAUGUAAAGAAUAGCAUUGCUUUCUGAACAAGGUGUCAGAAGUGAGAGUUUGACCAGCAAGGUAUGUAUAGUUUAGUGAAAGGAAGAUAAUAUCUCACUUUCCUAAUUUGUUAAUCCAUUUUUUCAUGCUCUGAUUUUCCUCUGUAGAUUGUAAGUAGUUGCAGGGCUGUGUAACCAAUUUCUUUAUAUUUAGGAUAUUGUUAACUGUUUGAUAUCUUCUUUUUUUAAACAAAAAAUAGCAAUCCAUCUUUGGUAAAGAAGAAAAAUGUGGUGGAAGGCAUUCCUAACAUCCGUAAAGCUGUUGUAUAUAAAAUAGCAAGCUUUAAUGCAACUAUAUAAACAAUAGAAUUUGAACCUGUAAAUAGAAUGUAGACCUGUAAUUUGAAUUUUGGGCCUGCCUAUAACCUUAGCCAUGGACUGAUUGAUUGGUCCUAGGCAAGUUACCGUAUUUUUCGCUCUAUAACACGCACCUGACCAUAACACGCACGUAGUUUUUAGAGGAGGAAAAUCCGUAGGCAUGCCACCCGUAGGCAUUCCCUCCAUAACACGCACAGACAUUUCCCCUUACUUUUUAGGAGGAAAAAAGUGAGUGUUAUGGUGCAAAAAAUACGGUAUACUCUCAACCAUAAUUUUCCAUGCAUUUUUGGUAAGCCAUUAAGAUAAUUCGGAACACUAGGUUUCAGUACAUAAGAGUUUGUGCCAGUUAGGAUCAUGGGAUGUGCCCUAGAUCCUUGGUGCUGUGUAGCUCCUAGCUUCUCCUGUGUGGUCAGGUGCGGGGAGGAAAUUUAGUGGUUCUUGCUUUCUGUUCCAAAAUUAAUUCAAUGCCCAGUUGAUCAGAUCUGAAAUACCUCCCUAAUUUUAACAUGUCCUUUCUUUUUAAUUUCCUGUGUUUUCAGAGGGAAAAGAUAUUGUAGAUGAGGCAGCGACAUUCACAAGGAGGAGUGUUGCAUUUCAGUUUGUUUUUUUUAAGCAUUGCUAUUUUAGGGCAGCAAGGAUCAAGCAAAAGGAGGAUCUAGUUGUACUUGAGCUUGAUCCCGAUAGCUGCAUCUCAGCCACCUGCCAUAUUCUUUUGUCAGUAACCCCAUGGCCAGGUUCAGUUUUUAAACCUGAGUUAUUUCCAGACAAGGAGGGGAGAGAUUCAAUGGCUCUCUUCCUCACCUUCUCUCCAUCAGGUUGGAAUGAGACCUGGGGCUGUCAUACAAUGGCUGCCCUGUGUGCAUCCACAUACAGUGGCAGCAUGUGUGGUCUGUCUGGGUACCCAUUGUGUGUGUGUACGAUGAAAGGUUUGCACAGUCCCCUGUACACGUAGACUCCAACUGUGGUGGUCCCGUGGGUUACCCGAGAGGCGAGGUCCAAGUCCGGUCCGUGGUCAAAGGUGCAACGUGGAGGCAGUCCAUAGUAGCUGACGCUGGCUGCAGGGCACGGAGUCGGGUGAAGUCAGGAACAGAUAUGCAAGCAGGGAGCCAGGGUGGGUCAGGAGCUCAGGUAGGAAAACAGGACAGGGUUCAGGCAGGAACUAGCAACCAAUAAUGUUGCUCCCACAACUUGGGACUGGGGCUGGCCGGCUUUUAUCUGCCCCGAGGCAUAGGGCGACCCCGAUCCUCUGGUGACUCACCUCUCCUGGCCUGGAGGCGAGCACUCCUCCUGUGGGAACUUAGUUCCCUCCGCCUCUCUGCCCUGAGCCUCUGCAGCUCAGGAGAGGCUGGAGGGUUACCGGGCCCAGAGGUAACCUCAGCUUCCCCUGAUGGGGCUGAGAGUGGAGCACCUGCAGGCAAUGGGUCCUCCAUCACCUCAGGAGCCAGAGCAGACUCAGCUGAUGUCUGCACCUGAGGAUCCAGCACAAGUGAGGACCCUUUGGGCUCAUGCCCCAGCCCCGGCUCAGCUGGUUCUGGAGGCGGGGAAUCCUGUGCAGGUUGGGAUCCCUCAGGUUCAGCAUCCGAGUCCGAAUCCCAGGCCAUCUCACCAACAUGUGUAAGCAGAGUUGGGUUGACAUUGUGCAAAUGGAAGCGUUUCUUCUAUUUUUGCAUUUUUAUCACACCUUUCUUUCAAGAAGUUCAAAGUGGCAUACAAGGUUCUCCAUAUCCCCACUUUAUGCUCACAUCAACCUGGUGUAGGUAGGUUAGGUGACUGGCCUAAGGUCACUCAGUGAACUUCAUGACUGAGUGGCGGAUUCGAAGCUUCGUCUCCCAGGUCCUAGUCUAACACUCUUACCACCACACAGGCUCUAAAUGCUGCACAGAUAACCAGUAAUAUUAGAGAUUGAACCUGGAACACCUUUUUUCUACCUCUGUAUUUGUCUUGUCACAUUGGUUCACGCAGAAGUCCUUGUAUGCCAGUAUGGACUUCCCGUAACUUUUGAUGGACUGGACCUUGCUUAAAUCUUGCUGUAAAUCUCUUAACUCAACCUCAAGUGUCAGUUGGUUGCUCUGCGAAGCUAUCCAGAGACCCUGGAAGCAAGUAAAGCAGCGGUAUGAAAGGCACUUAAUACACUUUAAACCUCUGUGUUGAUCAUAUUUGCAGGUGUUCACCCGUGAGUGCAUGAGCCACUAUCUGAGGGUGUUCAACUUCUUGUGGAGGGCAAAACGGAUGGAAUAUAUUCUCACAGACAUAUGGAAAGGACAUAUGUGUAACGCAAAGCUUCUGAAAAGUAUGCCAGGUAAGGGAGUAACCAACCGUAUUACGGCAAAAUUACACAAACAGUUGUUUUCAGACCAAACCUCCUUUAUAGGUUGCUUUGUAUGAGAGAGAAAUUUAUUCUUACUGCUGAAGUCUCUCCAAAUGUCAGAAGGUUUCCUGCAAGGGCAGAUGUUAUGUUUUUUUAGGGUGGUUUGUUUUAAGUUAACAAUAACUUAAUUUCUAUGGUUUUUUGUAAUCCUGGUAAUAAAACUGCCAGAUUGCACACAAAUAGGACAGGGGCUUUUGCUCCAGGCACCUAAAAAGUUGAUGGUUCUUUGUAAGCCGCUCAGAGGUCUUCAUUCGAGUAAGUAUAUUGCUUUUGGUAAAUAAAUAAAUAAAUAAAUAGGCAAGGGAGAAAACAAAAUGGGAUUCGCUUUUUGGGUGAAGAGUUUCCCUCUGGUUACAAGCGUGACGUGUUGGUCACAAGAGAGCUCACCCCCUGCCCACUCUCCUAUUUGCUCUCCCUUUUCCCAUCACUCCAUCCUGGCGUCAUUCCUUAUGUGGUGAGAUUAGAGACGUUGCUUUAGCUUUUAGCAGACAUUUUCAGAAUUCUCUUUUCAUCCGGAUUGCCAUUGUUCCACAAAGCACUUCAGCAUCGGCCACUUCGACUUGUGCUGCCUCAUACAGAUUCCACUUUUGCCUUCGAUACACCUAAAAUUCCUCUGAGGCUUCUUUCUUCAGCUCAGGAUUUGGGAUUUGUCCAAAUCCAGUGCACUACCCUAAAGUUUAUUACAUGGAUACACAUAAUAUUAUGUGGAAAGCAUUAUGUUAAUGCAGCAAUCACCCCUUUGCCAUUGUACGUAUCCCAAGGCUGCAGUAGGCAGCCAGGUAUCAGGUAAGCUGGAGAAUCAUGGCCAAUGUGCAGUUGGUGGUGCUGAAAAACACCUGCUUGGCACAAUGUAAUGUUGAAAUGGCCCACAAACGUUUGGUGGGGUAUUGAGGCAAACAAACUUGUGUCUUUUAUUCUAUUACUGACUUGUAAUUUGACUUCAUUUCCUCUGUAGACUGAGAGCAGGUAGGGUGUGUAGGGCCACACAAUCCUAUGCAUGUUUACUCAGAAUUAAAUCACAUUGCAUUUCAUGGUGUUAUUUCCUACUUAAUGUUUUAGGAUUGCGACCUGAGUAAAAAAGUUCUGAAUUCAAAUUUCACCUUGAUCAUGAACAUAUCUGAGCGCCUUUCCCUUAAUGCAAUAUGAGGAUAGCCAUCAAGUCUGUUGCACCACUAAGUUACACUGGAUGCUUAAAAUAUUCUACUUAGUACAUUGCUAUAUAUAAUUGUUGUUGUGAUUGUGGUUAGAUAGGUCUCUGAUUUUCUUCGUGGGUCUUCUGAAUAUGAUCAGAAAUGUUCAAGCUUUCCCCCAGCCCCUGAGCUUUUCAAUAUUGUUUAGGACUCAGUGGACCCUUCAAACUUUUUUCUACAGAUCAAAACCCAUACAUAACUGAUAUUUUAAUGACCACAGCCUUGCCUUUUAAUUGAUCAGUUUUACAGCAAAAUUAGUAGAUUGCACCAAUAUAGUAUAAAAAUAAGAGCCCCUAGUUCAGGACCUUGUUAGACUGUUGGUAAAUCCAGCUGUGGUCAAGAUAGUCAUAUCCAUUAUCAAGAAAAAUUAAAUCAAGAGCAGGGUUAGCUACAGAUAUUCCUGAUUCUUCUGGAACCUUUGAAUAGACUACCUGAAUGGAGCUCACAGUUUGAGAACCUCUGUUCUAGCUGAAAGGCUUCAAUAAAUGAGAUUAAUGACCUACAUAUAACUCAGAAUGCUUUUCAGUCCACCUUUCCAAUAAAUUAGGCAGCAAACUACCUAGUUGUUUGCUCAUGACUGUGGUUGGUGGAUCAAAAGUUUGCGUGGUCAGCGGCAAAAGGACACUGCUCCUGAAUAUCUGCAAAUACUCCUUGGUCUAUGUGGCCAGGUGCCCAUGUCUGGUUCAGUGGGCCAGGGGUAGCUCAAAGAGUUGUUGCUUAUUUUCAAAGCCAUUGGCUCAUUUCUUCCCCUUCUCUCUCAGCUUGGCUGUACUCUGUUUUGUUUUUGUGGCUGCUGCUGAGCAGUAUUCAUUCAUGGGCUGUAGCAAUGUUGUGUGACUGGAAAAUAUUAUUAUGUAGUGAGUAUAUUUUCUAUAAUGAAAGAGUUUCAGUGGGGAAGUCUGUUUACUAAGAUUUUUUUUAAAACAACAACAACACAGUUCUGCAGGUUUAAUAAGGAUGAUGAAAUUUUUGAAAUAGCCUUGAGGGGGCAAUAGAGCAUUACGGUUCUUCAUUGACCAGGGCUUUUUUCAGCUCCAGAACUCUCUUCCAGGCUUGCAGAGUACUGAUGUGUGUAUUGCCAUUUGUGAUACUAAACUGAAUUAGUCUUUAGACUAAAUGGGUUAAGCCCUGCUUUGGCAUAGAAUUAUAUGCAUUUUCUUGCUUUUGUGAAUGGGAUUUUAUGCACAUCACAUUCUGGGUUUGUUUGUUUUCUGGGCAUUGUUAGUCACUUUGGAUUUCCAGUAGGUUGGUAUACAAAUGUUUUAAUUAAUAUAUAAAUAAGAAUCAAACCAGGGAGAUGGAAAGUUCUUUGUGAGUGACUGCCAGAACUGAAUAUGCAGUGGAGACCUGGUAAAACUAGCAUUCGUUAUCAACUGCAGCUGCUGGCAAUCAUGCAAGGUUUUGAAUCGUGCAUGACUCUUUAGGCAAAGAUUUUCACAUGUUAUGUCUAGGAAAAAGAAUUCAGUCAAGAUAUAAAGCGAAGAAUGUUAGCAAUCCAGAAUUCAUGCCUGUAGUAUGACGCAGCCCACCUGAGGGAUAUCUUUGACUUUAAAGUGAGUACAAACUAAAAAAUAAAUUGUUCAAGUAUAGAGAGCAAAAAUUUCCAAGGAAACCUGGAAUGUUUGUUAUGACAGACACAAGUGAAUAAAAUAGCAUCUUUGGCCUCUAGUCACUUUCUGGAAAGUGCAAGUGUGGAAAAUAUGGAAGUCCAAAUUUUCACCUCAAAUUCCCUCCCUCCCUCCCAUCUUCCUAGGCUAAAAUUCUCUACCCACCUUUCUGGGAGUACACCCUGUUGAACUCAGUGGGACAAACAUCUGGAUAGAUACAUAUGAAAUUGUGCAGUAAGAAAAUAAAAUCUAGCAGGUAAACAUAUUGAAACAUGACAAAAAGAAGGGCAUUGUAGAUGUUGGUUGUUUUGGAUAAUUCCAAUGAAUUGUUAACUAGAAUGAUAUGUGAGCUAAAGGCUCCUGUGUUACAUACCCCUGUAGUUUUGCAAAUAAUAAACCAUUGUCAACCAGUGAUCUGUUAAGACUCAAACCUCUAGAGAUUUUACAGAGAGUUAUUAUAUGGCAGUCAUGAGUUAGGAGUUCUAUGGGCUCAAUCUCCUGGUUGCAUCAGUUGUUAUAUAAACUUGGCUACAAAGAAUACAAACUUUGUUAUAUAAACUUGGGCUCCAAAGCAGAACAGGUACAGAGAGCUUUCUGGAGGACAGGGGUCUGGGUGAAAUUCUUCUGCUAGGAUGAGAAAAUGCAUCUAAUGUCAGGGCCUAGCACUGUUGGGAGGGUUCAUUUAAAAUGAGAGAAUAAUACCCAGUCCCAGUGAAAAGUUUUAUUUGCAGCAAAUUCACUGCAAACUGUUGGCAUGGUUGUUAGGAAAAGGUAUUUAUUUAUACAUGUGAUGCGGCUGCCCUCACUAGACAGACUCCUGGGAUGCAAUCCUAAAUUAAUUGGAGAAUAUAUCAAAACAGAAGUCCUUAACUCUUCUCAUGUAACGCUUCUUUGUGCACACAGGGAACGUAAACCCCUUAAGAGUCGCUGAAAAUUGCUAGAAUUUCUGUUGUUAGCAGCCAAGAAGGUGAUUCCCAGCCAGGCAUUUGGAAAGCUAAAACAAUCCAUUUAGUGAACAAUUGGCUCUCUGAAAUCUGUAAUGGAGAAAUGUUUUUACCAGUUAAAAGUUGCAACUUUUAUCAUUGUUCUUGUUUUAUCUGUAAUGCGGGUGGUUUUUUUUAUCUGCAGUGCACUUUUUAGGCAGUAUUGCUCUUUAAGUGGGAUCUUUAGCAUAACACUAAGAGGAGGUCAUGAAACCCCAUGAAGAAGCUGAACAUGCUUUUACACUCACUACUUGGUGCUGCUACCGGUUGUUUGUUUUGCACACUUGAGUCCACAAACGAUUCCUUCUUUCUGGGUUUUGUGGCUGUUUCUUUCUUUCCCAUAUGCGCUGCAAAUUUUACAUAUGUGUUAUCUGAGAGCGCAGGAAUAUCAAACACGGUAAAGAAUGGUUUGCCCUUUCUAUGUCACAGGUAGGUUGUGGCACACAGGUGGGUUUGGUAGCAUGCUGUGCAAACAGGGAAGCUUUGGCAUGGCCUUAUCUCCUCUUGAAGCUUGUUCCACACUUGAGUACCCUUGACUGACAAUGCCUUAUCUCCUUUCCCCACAAAGUUUGGCCUAAGCAUUUUAGUGACUCUCUCCCAAAAGAGAGUUGAAAUCUCUGAGGAUCAUGCACUGGAAAGGCAGGCUCUAUCUUCCAAUGAUGAACAUAAAUAGCCACUGGAAAGGAAGCCACCAGGCAGGACUCCCAUUAUAUGAUAGUCACAUAUCUAUGUUAAUUCAUAGCAGGGUGGAUCAGGAGUUAGAAUAUUGGCCUGGGUCAUGCAUGAAAAUCCCUGUAUAACCAUGGAGUUAUUAGUGGCCUUGGGUAAAAAUGUCUGCUAUUGAUUAAAGAGAAGGCAACUGUCAUAUUUUAUUUGCCUUUUUAACAAACAAGAUGGAAUGAGACGGAAAGUGCUAAGGUAUAUAAAGAAGAGGCAUAAGUAGGGAUUCAUGUUCGAACUGAAGUAACUCAAUGUGAUUGUUUUUCAGAACAUUAUUCUUGGAAUUCACCUAAAUAGACAUUCUGGUUCCACAGCACCUUUUAAAAGAGAGUUGGACCAAGAAAACAAAACAGGCAAAGGCUGUAUAAGAAAAAUGAUGAAGAUCCAUCAUAACUGAGCUUCAGUUCAGAAUUAAGCAAUCUGUGUGAUACUUCCUUUUCUGCGGCUUUUCCAGCAAUCCUUGCUGACCGCAAUUCAUGAUUUCUCAUAGGCUGUUGUUGCUGUAACCUUCACCUUGAUAUCACCUAUUCGAUUUUCCCAAUAGCCGUAGUCACUAUUUUGACUGUUACUGUUUGCAGUUCAUACUAAUAAGCAUGCAGACUCAGAAUUUAAGCAUGUUAACUCAGAAGGAAGCCUUGUUGUGUUUAAUGGCUCUAACUCCUAUAUUAGGAUUAUAUCCCUAGUUUAGAGAUCUUGACAGCACGAUCCAAACCCAAAAUUCAUGGGGAUGAGAGAGUUUGUGUUCAGCAGAUUUGGGGGGUUUCCCGUGGGCUAUGCUGACCUAUGUUCUUCCCCUCAGCUGAGCCAUACAUACACUGCUAUUAAGUCCUUUACCCUGGUUCAGCCAGCAGGGCUUACAGUGAUGUAAGUCUCAAAAAGAGUGGGACGAGGAGAGAUGUGAACCUAUUCGAAACCCUGUGAUCUGGGACCCAAUCCUCAUCCAGCAGUAUUAUUACAAUUUCUCUGUUAACCAGGAAUUAUUUGCUCUAGAUAAUUUCUAAUUAUUAGGAAAUAUCCAGUAUGAAUAUUCUAGGGGGAAGACUUUUUAUUGCUCUUCAUUCCAUAUAUUUUCUGGUUGUUUCUGGCUAGCAGCUGGGGAGAAAAAAUCCCCCCCCCCCCCCGAUAGCUGCAGGUUAUUCUUUCUCAUGUAAUUUUUGCUCUGUAUAGAUCUUGGCAAUUUUGCUCCGUAUAGAUCUUUGUCAUCUUGGUAUAGUCAUUGGUUUGCUUCAUUCAUUCUGAUGCAGUUUGCUCCGAUAAUCCAAGACAAAAUUGGGUAGUGCUGAUGUGCCUCAACCAAAAUGUUGAGAGAGAAGUCCAGUUUGCCUCUGAGCUUUUGAGACAUUUUGGAACAAACAAGAGAUAUUUUUGUAUAAUGCGUAAUCAUACUGUAUAUGGAAUAUUUUCAUCUGCUCUGCCAGGUCAUGCAUUCCUUCCCCAGCACACAGUUUCAUCUAUGAGGGAUUCAAUUUAUUAACAUUUAUACUCACUGUACCAUUAGUUAAAUAUUUUCCUAAGUAAUCUUGUAUCCUGAAAGUUCCUAGUUUGUCCUUCCAAAUCUCUUGUGGCAAGCCAAAGUGGGGGCUUAGGCAUCUGAUGUUUUAUAUAUGUUGCUGAGAAAAAUUAACCUUCUCAUAAUAAGAGCUCUGUUCAGGCUCCUUUGCUAGUGGAUUGCCACCUGUUACAGCAGUGCCAAGCAGACUUUGUUUCCCAGCCACAAAGGUCUUUUCCCUAUCUAUUCUGUUCCACGUUCUAAUUCCUUUCUAUUACAAAUCUUGUUUUGUACCAGAUCUCCAGAGUUUUGUCAACCUAUACUAUUAAUUUCAUUUUCUUGUUUGAUCCUGCAUUAUAUUUUCUGUUAAUAUGGGGGUGUAUUUAUUGCAGGCAGAGGCUAUCAUGGCUACACCUCUGGAAAAUGCUGAACUUGUGGCCGUAAAUAUACUGAGAUUAAAAUGAUAGUCCACAUAUAGUCUCCUUUCUUUGAGAACCCGUUAUCAAUUUAUAUACCGUAUCUUUUGCUCUAUAAGACUCACUUUUUCCCUCCUAAAAAGUAAGUGGAAAUGUGUGUGCGUCUUAUGGAGCGAAUGCAGGCUGCGCAGCUAUCCCAGAAGCCAGAGCAGCAAGAGGGAUUGCUGCUUUCGCUGUGCAGUGAUCCCUCUUGUUGUUCUGGCUUCUGAGAUUCAGAAUAUUUUUUUUAUUGUUUUCCUCCUCCAAAAACUAGGUGCAUCUUAUGGUCUGGUGCGUUUUAUAGAGCGAAAAAAUACGGUAUGUCUUACUCCUUUCAAAGAUGGGUGCAGGUAGCUGUUGUAUUUCAGGUGUGUGUGUGUGUUUUAAAAAUACGGCUAGAUGAACAUUUCCAUUCUGAGUUUUAAUAUACAUAUUCUUUGAAUUUCUUACAGAACUUUCUGGGGUGCUGCAUCAGUGUCACGUUCUGGCAUCAGAAAUGGUCCAUUUCAUUCAUCAAAUGCAGUAUUACAUUACAUUUGAGGUACCCUUUAACCAUCCAUUUUGUUGUUUGUUUGUUUGAAAUUGGAAGAACGUUCUUAUUGAUGUGAGCUUAAUUAUGUCACAGAGGUAUAGAGCAGAGAGGUUGCUAUUUAAACAGUCUCUAAAACAAAGUGAAUCUCAUUGCUGGAUGUUUUGUUCCAUAGGUGCUUGAAUGUUCAUGGGAUGAACUAUGGAACAAAGUUCAGCAGGCUCAAGACUUGGAUCACAUCAUUGCGGCUCAUGAAGUUUUCUUAGAUACAAUUAUAUCUCGCUGUUUGCUGGACGCUGACUCAAGAGUAAGUCUCAUUUACCUGUUUAUAUAUAAUGUUACCAUUAUUUCUCUAAUUAUUUAUGCUUUUGAGAUUAUUUCUGGCAACACACAAUGGAGUUUUAUUCGGAGAUGAAUUCCACUGCGUUCAGUGCGUCUUCAUUACAAGCAAAAAAAAAAAAAGUUUAGGAUUACAGCCCUGGUAAAUUUAAUCUUUUAUGGGAUGUUCUGGGAGAAUCUCCAUACUGAAAUCAAUUUUUCCAUGUAUCCCUUUGCUCUAGGAGGAGAUAUUAAAUAUAACAAUCUUUCAGCAGUUUCUUAUAGGCUAGCAAAUCUUAGCUUUUCUUUGAACAUUUCAUUUUUAGAGGUUUUGUCUUCCCUUUGCAACUUUUGUUGUAGAUGCUUCUCAACCAGCUUCGAGCUGUCUUUGAUCAGAUUCUUGAGUUUCAAAAUGCCCAAGAUGGCCUGUACCGCGUUGCCUUGGAGGAGUUACAGUUACGGUUGCAGUUUGAAGAAAGAAAGAGAGAGAGAGAGCUUGAGGUACAAAGGAGUUUUCAGUGGCAUUUUAAGCACAAGAACGAUGUGAACACAACAGGCUGCUUGUGUUCAAUACCAAUUCAAUACCAAAAAAUAAUCCUUCUAAUAUCCCCUCCUUUUCUUUGAAAGACUGAGCAAAUAGGUAUUUGGAUAAAGUCUUAAUAUGAAAAGUAAGUGUGUGCAUGUUUACUCAAAAGUAAGUUGCACUAUGCUCAAUGGGGCUUCUGAGAAAGUACAUAUGCCUAGAUUACACAGUACAUUUAACCCAGAUUGGGGUAACCUAGAAGCUGCAAUUGACAAACCUUAAUCCCCCCCCCCCCCAUUAAAACACAAAUUGAAUUCUUUUUCACGCUUGGUAUGUAUUGUUUGUAAGAAGUUUCUUCUGUCUUAACUUCUUGGCUUAUAACUGUAAGAGAUCUCCAACUAAAUUUAAGGCACUUCCUCUUAAUAAAACAAAAAUUAGCAUGUGGCUUCAGAUUUAUUGAUGUGUACACCUGAUAAUUUCUCAUCGUUUUUUCUUUUCUUUUUUACAAUGUAUAUUGUUAAGGGUGAAUGGGGAGUAAAAGAUUCAGAAGAGAAAGAGGAGAAUAAAAGGAUUAAAGAAUUUCAAGAUUCAAUACCAAAAAUGUGUUCACAGCUGCGACUACUUACCCAUUUCUAUCAGGUAUUUUUAAAAAGAGGAAUUUUUAAAACAUUAACGUACUGAUAGCUGGUAUCUGUUUUCUGCUUUAAAUUGCACACUGUUUUAAUGCGGCAUGCAAGCCUUUCCAGGAUUUGGAAGAAGGCAAUAACAAUAAAAGUUAUGUUAUGAAUACAUUAGGGAAUGUGACAUUUGGCUUCAGUAGAUAAAGAACCAGGUGCAUAGAGGUUGUCCCAGACAUAAAAUGAUUGCACUCCAGAGUCUGUGUUUAUGUUGAUCAUUGCCACUGUAGGUAGACAACAUUUUUAUGAAGCAUUCUCGCUAGAAUAAUUUUUGUGGAUUCGCUUUGUUAAAAACCGCCCCGUCAAAACUCAAGACAGGAAAUUCACUAACUUUUCACCUACCGUAUUUUUCGCUCUAUAGGACGCACUUUUUCCCCUUCAAAAAUGAAGGGGAAAUGUGUGUGCGUCCUAUGGAGCGAAGAUGCCAUAGCCCCGCAACCCUCUCCCGGCUGGAGAGGUGACGCGCGGCUAUGGCAGGAGCCUCUAUAGCCGCGCGUCACCUCUCCAGCCGGGAGAGCACUCGCGGGGCUAAAGCAGCCCCCCGCGACCCUCUCCCGGCUGGAGAGGUGACGCGCGGUUAUGGCAGGAGCCUCUACAGCCGCGUGUCACCUCUCCAGCAGGGAGAGCACUCACGGGGCUAAAGAAGCACCCCGCGACCCUCUCCCGGCUGGAGAGGUGACGCGCGGCUAUGGCAGGAGCCUCUACAGCCGCGCGUCACCUCUCCAGCCGGGAGAGCGCGCGUGAGCUAAGAAGCCAUAGCCCUGCGACCCUCUCCCGGCUGGAGAGGUGGCGCGCGGCUAUGGCUCUCCGCUGCGCCUUUCCGCUGCUCCUGACCUGCUCUUUGGGGCUGGUGGUGGGCUUCCCCACCAGCCCCAAAGAGCAGGUCGAAGGAACCUGAAGCCUGGAGAGCGAGAGGGUCAGUGCACACCGACCCUCUCGCUCUCCAGGCUUCCAAGGUAGCCGCCUGAACGGCACCUUGUUUUAGAGCGGGAAAACAAGAGGGGGAAAGUUCUCCCCCUCUCUGUGCAGCGCCUCCUGCUGCUUCACUGAAGGGGCGCUGGGCAGAGAGGGGGAAAUUUUUUUUUUCUUGUUCUCCCCUCUCUAAAACAAAGUGUGUCCUAUGGUGCGAAAAAUACGGUACUUUUAUAAGGAUGGGGCAUUGCAGGAACUGCCCGUCUCUUGCAGUGGAUCAGUUUCUACUUGUUAUAUAUAGUGGAAUUUUCAAGGAUCGCUAUGGAAUGGUGACAUACUUCACACCUUUAUUCCAUUACACACGUUCAUUUGUGUGACUUCUUAUGAAUGCCUAAUUUCUCUGUUUUUCUUUCUUUCUUCCAGGGCAUUGUGCAGCAGUUCUUGGUAUUACUGACCACCAGUUCUGAUGAAAGUCUUCGAUUUCUUAGCUUUAGAUUGGAUUUCAAUGAACAUUAUAAAGCUAGGGAGCCCAGGCUUAGGGUUUCUUUGGGUACUAGAGGGCGGCGUAAUUCACAUAUAUAAAUCUCCCUGCAAUGAAUGUAAACCAGGAUCACGGAUGUGUAACCCGUUGUUGGUUGUGGCAGUCAACUUGGCAUACUAAAACCAAAUGGCAUGCAAUAGGUGUUUGUCAUUAUCGCAAGCAACCUGUUUUUAGUCAUGUGAUUGUGCAACACUUGUGCAGAAAGCAACAUGGCUUAUUUUUUUAUAUUUAAUGGUUGAGAUUACUAAAUGGGUUUAAAUUGUUGCAAUUUUGCUUUGGUAGUCCAUUAAUCAACCAACUAUAUUUUGUUUGUGGCUUUUAAAGCACAUUCCACCAUCAUUGAUCUUUGUCUUCAGGACAUUUUAUCCACAUGCAGACACACACUUGUUUCCUUUUACACUAAGCAGGGCUGUAAUUUUCCAUUUCAGUUUAGAAACCACUUUUAUUUUAAAACCUGCCAGUUUAAGAAUCUGGCCAGAAGUCUAUCUUAUUUCUUUUUCAGUGUUGUGGUGUAUUGACUGUGUGGGGAAAAAAUUAGUCACUUAAAAUUACACACAUUAAUGUUUUCAACAUUUUCAAAACUGAUUUAUUUUUCCAGAAAUUUUUUAACUGCUUUACAGAAACAAAUAUUAGAGACAUAACAGAAGUCCAACACAACAAAUAGUAGAAAUGAAGUUAAAACCUCAGUGAUCUCCAGUAAUGAAACAUGUAAAUAUUUAAUAGAUGUGAAUGAAGUAUUUUGUGUUUAAAUCUGAUGUAUUAGAAAUUAAUUUGGAUAAUGAAGACUACUUAUUUCUCUUUCCUUGCCUAUUUUUCCAUUGUAAAUAUUUAUAUAUUGCUGUCCAGAUGUUAGGGGGAAACAUUUUUGUAAAAAAAAAAAGUCACUAUAUAUCAUCACUCAAUUAUCCAUUUGUUAUAUUCACAGGUAAAAGCUUAGAAAAUAAACACAAUUAUCUUUCAAACUUUUUUCUGUUUCUUCUAACUGACAAAGUGCCUGAUUUAAUAAAAUUAAUACUGAAUUAU